AUGAGGAACGAGGCCAGAUUGAAACUGUUCACCUUGGACCCGGACACACAGGUUAGUAACUAUCGAGUUUUCAGAAAGACAUUUGACAAUCCCCCAGCUCCAAAUUAUAUGAUUAAAAUAAACCUAACCGCUCUUUUUGUCUCUUUAGAAACUUGACUUUUCAGGAAUUGAGCCGGAUAUAAAGCAAUAUGAAGAAAAGUUUGGCAAGCGCAUUUUGGUCAAUUGCAAUGACCUGGCCUUCAACCUGCAAAGCUGUGUAGCGGACAACGAGGAGGGACCAACAACAAAUGUAAGCCAGAUCUCCUUCCCCUUGUUCUCCAUGAGUCAGUGCUCAAUGUGUACAGUCAUACUAUUGUUUUAUAACAAGUAUCUGCUCUGGAGAAUGGGUGAGAGAGAAAGAGAGGGGUGGAGGGAUCUCUGGUGUACGUCAUCUCUGCUGUUUGUCUUUGUCGUGUGGGGGCUCUGGUGUUAGCAACCAGCCGAGAGCCACAGUAAUGGCGGAAGGCACUGUCUAAUGGAGGGCAGGCACAGCAGCCUGUCCAUUACCGAGAGAACACGUCAAUCUGUUCAGUUAUACAGACCUAACAGAGAUACACUGAAAGGCACUCGGUCAGUCCCUUGUCCAACUCAUGAACCUUCUGAGUCACUGUGACAUCACAGUGUUCACUACACCAACUGGACACGUUUCCUGUUGCUUCGUUUCCAGGUGGAGCCAUUCUAUGUGACCCUGUCGCUGUUAGACAUCCAGAACAGUAGGAAGAUCUCGUCUGACUUCCAUGUGGACCUGAACCACCCGUCCGUCAGACAGCUGGUGGCCGACCCCAGCAGCCAGUACAUGAACGGUGGUGGGGAUGCCUUGCUGGGGGCGCAGAGGGGGAUCCACGGCCUGCCUGAGAGUGCCAUGCAGUACCCCAGACAGGUGAAGAGAUGAUAUUAAUCUCUAUAGAAUAUUUUGAGAUAUUUAUCUCUUUCAAUAUGACAAUGUGAUUGAUAUACUUUAAUUUAGCUACCUGUACAGAUUACAGUCUGCAUAUUAAAUGUUUUUAAUGGUGUGGGGAUGUUUUUGUCUGACCGCCAUGUACUGCCAAUAAACCGAAUAACCUUUUUAAAAAAUUGGAUGGACAAUAAAGGUUGUCAAGUUUCACUUAUACUCUGUUCACUCACUGGGAUUUGUCUCGCCACAGGGAGUGUUCUCUGUAACGUGUCCACACCCAGAUAUCUUCCUGGUAGCUCGCAUCGAGAAGGUCCUCCAGGGAGGAAUCACACACUGUGCUGAGCCCUACAUGAAGAGCUCAGACUCCACCAAGGUACGCUCUGUACCAGGCCUCGGCAUCAGAAAACACAACAAUCAAUUAGAUUAUUAUCCCACAUGAUAAAUUAUAAAUCGUCCACAUCAUAAGUGCUCUCUGGUUACAACAACACUCCACGAGCAUUGGUUUUACAAAUCUGGUUCUGUUCUGUUACACGGAGCAAUAAUGGGAUUCAAGAGAGGAGAUCUGAAAUGCAUUAGGGACGAUUUUCAGGGUGUGUGUUUGUGUUAGUGUGUGUGUGUGUGUGUGUGUGUGUGUGUUUGUAGCUUGGCAGGCCUCAGAGCUAACUCAAUAGGAUAUAGUGGAUCCUGGAGUGCUGACCAUCACCCCUGUCUGUAUUGUCAGACCAGAAUGGACCACUCAUACUCUGUUCCUUUCUCCCACCAGGUGGCACAGAAGGUCCUGAAAAAUGCCAAAUUGGCUUGCAGCCGGUUGGGCCAGUACAGGAUGCCUUUUGCAUGGGCUGCCAGGUACUUGACGGUUACUAACCUGAACUGAAGUGAGGUUUAUAGUAAGAGGUUAUUGAAAGAUGCUUUACCAUUUGGAAUAUAUUUUCAUUAUUAGAGGAACUUGAUAGUAGGUCUGCUUAAUAUGGCAUCACUUUGAGUACAACAUAUCUAAAUGAAAUACAUUUGUAAAAUGUGAUAAAGCCAUCAAGUUUAUUUCCAGGCAAAAUAAAGGUAGUGAAUUUCCGUUUUUGACACUGGUAAAUAGGGCUGUUGUGGUGACCAUAUUACCGCCACACCGGCAGUCAUGAGUCAUGACCGCAGUAAAAUUCCACAUGACCGUUGAGUCACGGUAAUGUCCUCUUAUGCACUCUGGACAAGCGUUGGUAGUACCCAACUGGCUAACGACCAUCAGGUCCUAAUGGGCUGGUACUCAGGGCUCUAUUGUCCCUCUAACCAUCAGGUCCUAAUGGCCUGGUACUCAGGGCUCUAUUGUCCCUCUAACCAUCAGGUCCUAAUGGCCUGGUACUCAGGGCUCUAUUGUCCCUCUAACCAUCAGGUCCUAAUGGCCUGGUACUCAGGGCUCUAUUGUCCCUCUAACCAAUCUGACAUCAAUGCAAAUACAAUUGAAAAUCACAUCAAACACUUAUCAUCAAAAACAGUAUCGUGCUUUUAAAACUCACUUGGUUUUAUAAAUUAAUAGAAAGAAAAUCAACAGCAGGUUGAAACUGAGUGGAAAACACGGUCAUUGUGGAUGUUGUUUCAAAGCCUAAUAAGGAAACGGACAGCGCUUUCUGAGGUGAUGAUUAAUUAAAAAACAUGCAUAUGCAUAUUAGAGUUUAUGCAUAUGCAUAGACCUAUAUAUGAGCCUGAGCCCCCCCCCCCCCCAAAAAAAAACGGUAUUAAAAUAAUGAUUGUGCCGUUAUACAGUAUAUAGCCUACCGAUAACACGCAUGGCAGAAAAACAUUUAAAAAACUGAUUUAAGAUGUCUUUGGUACAUAAUUGGUCUAGCCUAUACUCCAAAAUUAAACAAAUUCUAGUAAUCUCCUUUGAGUGUGGACUGUAUUAAUAUUCAUACUGGAUGGACUGGUUACCUUAUGCUACGCUCCAAAUGUUCUAUCCACGAGUCUGGGAGAGAACGUAUAGGCCUAGGCGAUGCUGUUGGUUCAUUGAUUGUGCAGGGCGGCUAAGCCUACAAUUAUACUGAAUUUGUAUUUGAUUUUGAAUAGUCUAGGAAUAGGGCAUUAUUUUACAUUUUCAUAAUUAAUAGGCUGACACAUUACCUUUAGCUACAGAAUAUCUCACCACCUUGCAUUUUCAGUUUAAUUAAAUAUGUUUUGUUGUGAAAACAUGUUACUAUCACUGUUCCCGAUCAGAUUUCACUAGGUUUCCCAAAUUAAGCACUGGGUAAACGCAGGAACAUGGUUGGAGAGCCCAUGGCAUACAGAGUUUUGGCAGAAUAUCUUCACAUUGCCAAGACCUCAUCAUCCCUCAAUAACUUCAAGCGAAGAGUGGGGGUCAGCCUAAUGAACCAAACUACAGAGUUAGCCUACAAUUAUAGUUAUUUUGUAUUUGUCACGAAUUCCGCCGAGACUGCUCCUCCUCCUUGUUCGGGCAGGCUUCGGCGUUCGUCGUCCCCGGAGUACUAGCUGCUACCGCUUGAUGUUCUCUAUGUUUGUUUGGUUUUGUCUUGUUGGUGCACCUGUUUCGUCUUAUGUAUUGAUUAUGUCACCUAUAAGUUUCCUUUGGUUUUGUUUGCAGUUGUGUGUUGUUGUCCGCCUGUCCGUUGGUGUAUCUUUAUUGUGCUCUAGUAGUUAGUGUUUUUACGCACUGUUUGCGUAAUCGCUCGCCUCCUGUGUUUGAGGCCCGUUAUUUUUGUUAUUGUCUUUGUAACAAUUAAAGUUGUUUCGACUAAGCUUCUGUGUCCUGCGCCUGACUCCAACACCGCAUCCACAUCAGCUUGUGACAGAACAACACACCAUACUAUGGAGUCAGCAGGAGCAGCGGCGGCGACCGAGUCGCUGGAGGAUCGGGUCAGCUGCCAGGACGCCAGGAUCCAGCAACUCGGCUCCGCCAUGCAGGAGGUGAUGAACACCCUGCGCCGAUGGGAAAGGGGAGGCGUGCCCACACCUCCUCCUACAUUACCACCACCAUCGGCCAGCCCCACCAGACCAGCUCCGGAAUCCAGUGGGAUUCGGCUCUCGCUCCCGAGGGCGUAUGAUGGCACCGCAGCCGGGUGUCAGGGGUUCCUCCUUCAGGUGGAACUCUACCUGGCCACCAUACAUCCGGCGCCCUCGGGAUACGAGAGCGUUUCCGCCCUCAUCUCCUGUCUCUCCGGCAAGGCGUUGGAGUGGGCCAACGCCGAAUGGAGGGGAAUAGACGCCGCCACCAUCAGCUACGCAGAGUUCUCCCGCCACUUCAGGGCUGUAUUCGAUCACCCUCCUGAGGGUAAAGCGGCGGGGGAGCGUCUGUUCCACCUCCGACAGGGGAAGAGGAGCGCACAGGAGUUCGCCCUGGAUUUCCGGACUCUAGCGGCGGAUGCGGGGUGGAAUGAGAGGGCCCUCAUCGACCACUAUCGGUGUAGCCUGCGUGAGGACGUUCGUCGAGAGCUGGCCUGCAGGGACACCAAUCUGUCCUUCGACCAGCUGGUGGACAUGUCCAUCCGUCUGGAUACCCUGCUGGCCACCCGCGGACGUCCCGAGUUGGGGCCGUCCAUUCCAUCCCCCAGCACCUCCGAGCCGAGCCCUAUGGAGCUCGGGGGUGCUGGCGCUAGAGAGAGAAGGAGAGAGAACCCGAGGGGGGCCGUCCCCUGCACCAACUGUGGCCGUGGAGGACACACUGCGGCUAGGUGCUGGGGAGGGUCUCCAGGGAAUCGGGGAAAGAGGUCGCGCACUGGGGAGUCAUUUCAGGUGAGUAGGCGCCCCACUCACCCAGAGAUCUCUGUUGUUCACUUGUGUAUACCUGUGGUAUUUCCUCAGGUUGCAUCUCAUUCUCAGCAUAAGGCGCUAGUCGAUUCAGGCGCAGCUGGGAAUUUUAUUGAUCAGAAAUGUUGUACUAAGUUAGGGAUUCCCCUCCUCCCCGUUGAUGCACCCUUCCCUGUCCAUGCCCUAGAUAGCCGCCCGUUGGGAUCUGGGUUGAUUAGGGAGGUCACAGCGCCACUAAAGAUGAAGACGCAGGGGGGUCAUGAGGAGAUCAUUCAGUUGUACCUGAUUGACUCUCCUGCGUAUCCCGUGGUGCUGGGGCUUCCUUGGUUAAUCACCCAUGACCCCACCAUUUCGUGGCAACAGAGGGCUCUCAAGGAAUGGUCUGACCAGUGUGUUGGGCGAUGUUUAGGUGUUUCCGUUGGGGCGACCACGGUGGAGAGUCUGAACCAAGUGCCCGCAAUGCACAUUCCCCCUGAGUAUGAGGAUUUAGCACUCGUGUUCAGCAAGACGAGGGCGACGCGAUUGCCACCUCAUAGACAGGGAGAUUGUGCGAUAAACCUCCAGACAGGUGCGGCACUCCCGCGGAGCCAUGUGUAUCCUCUGUCUCAAGAGGAGACGGCGGCUAUGGAGACAUACAUAGCUGAGUCCCUGAGACAAGGAUACAUACGGUCCUCCACUUCCCCUGCGUCCUCGAGUUUCUUUUUUGUGAAGAAGAAGGAUGGAGGGUUGCGCCCGUGUAUUGAUUACCGUAGUCUCAAUCAGAUCACUGUAAAAUACAGUUACCCUCUUCCUCUGAUUGCGAGUAUGACUGAAUCAUUGCACGGAGCGCGUUUCUUCACAAAACUGGAUCUCAGGAGCGCCUAUAACUUGGUGCACAUUAGGGAGGGAGAUGAAUGGAAGACGGCAUUUAGUACCACCUCUGGUCAUUAUGAGUAUCUUGUCAUGCCAUACGGGUUAAUGAAUGCUCCUUCAGUCUUCCAAUCAUUUGUGGACGAGAUCUUCCGGGAUCUGCAUGGGCAGGGUGUGGUAGUGUACAUUGACGACAUCCUAGUGUACUCUUCUACACGAGCCGAGCAUGUAGCCCUGGUGCGCCGAGUGUUGGGUAGGCUGUAUGUCAAGGCAGAGAAAUGUCUGUUUUUCCAGGAGUCCAUCUCCUUCUUGGGUCAUCGGUUGUCCGCGUCAGGGGUGAAGAUGGAGAUUGACCUUGUGUCAGCCGUGCGUAACUGGCAAACCCCAACCACUGUUAAAGAGGUGCAGCAGUUUUUGGGUUUUGCCAAUUACUACCGGAGGUUUAUCCGGGGUUUUGGACAGGUAGCAGCUCCCAUUACUUCCCUGCUGAAGGGGGGCCCAGUGCGUUUGCAGUGGUCAGCUGAAGCGGACAGGGCGUUUAGUAAACUGAAGGACCUGUUCACUUCGGCUCCGGUGCUGGCGCACCCGGACCCCGCUUUAGCGUUCCAGGUAGAGGUGGACGCGUCAGAAGCCGGUAUUGGGGCAGUACUGUCGCAACGCUCCGGCACGCCUCCUAAGCUCCGUCCCUGCGCUUUUUAUUCUAAAAAGCUCAGUCCGGCGGAACGUAAUUAUGACGUAGGGGACAGGGAGCUGUUAGCUGUGGUUCAAGCCCUAAAGGUGUGGAGGCAUUGGCUUGAGGGGGCUCAACACCCUUUUCUCAUUCUGACUGACCAUUGUAACCUGGAGUACAUCCGGGCAGCUAGGAGAUUGAACCCUCGUCAGGCUAGGUGGAACAUGUUUCUGACCCGGUUCGUUUUUAAGAUCACUUACAUCCCAGGGUCCCAGAACGGUAAGGCAGACGCCCUGUCCCGGCGGUAUGACACAGAGGAGAGGUCCGUUGAGCCCACUCCCAUACUGCCGGAGUCUUGUCUGGUGGCACCGGUGGUAUGGGAGGUCGAUGCGGAAAUUGAGCGGGCGUUACGCACCGACCCUACUCCCCCAGAGUGUCCAGUGGGUCGGACGUACGUGCCGCUCGAGGUCCGUGAUCGUCUCAUUUAUUGGGCUCAUACGUCACCCUCCUCUGGACAUCCAGGUAUUGGCCGGACAGUGCACUGCCAUAGAGUUAAGUACUGGUGGCCAACAUUGGCUAGGGACGUGAGGGUUUAUGUCUCCUCCUGCUAGGUGUGCGCUCAGUGUAAGGCGCCUAGACACCUGCCCAGGGGGAAGUUACAACCCCUGCCCGUUCCACAACGGCCGUGGUCUCACCUCUCGGUGGACUUUGUCACGGACCUUCCCCCCUCUCAGGGGAAUACCACUAUUCUGGUCGUUGUGGAUCGGUUCUCUAAGGCCUGUCGUCUCAUCCCAAUGCCGGGUCUCCCUACUGCCCUAUAGACCGCUGAGGCUUUGUUCACCCACGUCUUCCGGCACUACGGGGUUCCCGAGGAUAUAGUGUCUGAUCGGGGUCCCCAAUUCACCUCUAGAGUCUGGAGGGCGUUCAUGGAACGCUUGGGGGCCUCGGUUAGCCUUACCUCGGGUUUCCACCUUGAGAGUAAUGGGCAGGUGGAGAGAGUGAACAAGGAUGUGGGUAGGUUUCUGAGAUCAUAUUGCCAGGGCCGGCAGGAGGAGUGGUCGGGGUAUAUCCCCUGGGCAGAGAUGGCUCAGAACUCUCUUCGCCACUCCUCUACUAACCUGACCCCUUUCCAGUGCGUGUUAGGGUAUCAGCCGGUUCUGGCACCAUGGCAUCAGAGCCAGAUCGAGGCUCCUGCGGUGGAUGAGUGGUUUCGGCGCUCGGAGGAGACGUGGAACGCUGCACAAGUUGCAACUGCCUAAUGACAAUCACAUUAACCUCUCGUUCCAUGUGUCUCUCCUCAGGCCGGUGGUAGCUGGUCCACUCCAGGACAGUGAGAUAAGAGAGACCCCUCCGCCCCCACUGGACAUUGAGGGGGCUCCGGCGUACUCAGUCCGGUCCAUCGUGGAUUCGAGACGUCGGAUGGGGGGUCUACAAUAUCUCGUGGAGUGGGAUGGGUACAGUCCGGAGGAACGGUGCUGGGUGCCUAGGAGGGACAGUUUAGAUCCAUCCCUCCUGACUGAGUUCCACCGUAGUCAUCCUACGCGCCCUGCUCCACGUCCUCCUGGCCGUCCCCGAGGCCGGGGUUGGCGCACGGCUGGGGCCGCGCGUCAAGGGGGGGGUACUGUCACGAAUUCCGCCGAGACUGCUCCUCCUCCUUGUUCGGGCAGGCUUCGGCGUUCGUCGUCCCCGGAGUACUAGCUGCUACCGCUUGAUGUUCUCUAUGUUUGUUUGGUUUUGUCUUGUUGGUGCACCUGUUUCGUCUUAUGUAUUGAUUAGGUCACCUAUAAGUUUCCUUUGGUUUUGUUUGCAGUUGUGUGUUGUUGUCCGCCUGUCCGUUGGUGUAUCUUUAUUGUGCUCUAGUUGUUAGUGUUUUUACGCACUGUUUGCGUAAUCGCUCGCCUCCUGUGUUUGAGGCCCGUUAUUUUUGUUAUUGUCUUUGUGACAAUUAAAGUCGUUUCGACUAAGCUUCUGUGUCCUGCGCCUGACUCCAACACCGCAUCCACAUCAGCUUGUGACAGUAUUUGAUUUUGAAUAGCCUAGUAAUAGGGAUUCCUUAUUUUUUUUCAUAGGCUGACACAUUCCCUUUAGCUACAGAAUAUCUCACCACCGUGUGUUUUUAUCUCCUCCUCUCUCUCCUUCAUUCCUUUCUCGAGCUCGCAGAGAGAGGAGCUAUCAGCAGUUUAAUUAAAUAUAUUUUGUUGUGAAAAAUAUGUUACUAUUGAUGUUCCCGAACCGAUAUCACUUGGUUUCCCAAAUUAAGCACUGGUUAGCUGCAGGAACAGGGUUGGAGAGCCCAUGGCAUACAGAGUACUGGGUAGCUGCAGGAACAGGGUUGGAGAGCCCAUGGCAUACAGAGUACUGGGUAGCUGGAGGAACAGGGUUGGAGAGCCCCAUGGCAUACAGAGUACUGGGUAGCUGCAGGAACAGGGUUGGAGAGCCCAUGGCAUACAGAGUACUGGGUAGCUGCAGGAACAGGGUUGGAGAGCCCAUGGCAUACAGAGUACUGGGUAGCUGGAGGAACAGGGUUGGAGAGCCCAUGGCAUACAGAGUACUGGGUAGCUGGAGGAACAGGGUUGGAGAGCCCAUGGCAUCCAGAGUACUGGGUAGCUGCAGGAACAGGGUUGGAGAGCCCAUGGCAUACAGAGUACUGGGUAGCUGGAGGAACAGGGUUGGAGAGCCCCAUGGCAUCCAGAGUUUAGGCAGAAUAUCACCUUUUGCGCAGCGGGAGGCUGCAUGCACCUUAACCAGUGGUUGAUGUGUGGAGUGAAAUAAUUGUCCUUAUAUGCCCAGACAUUUCUAUAUCUAGUCCCGUGUGAAAGCAGAGUGUUGAUGGUUGCCACUAAAAAAAAGGAGGAUCCUGCUGCUACUCUAUUGAUACCGGAAUUACCUACCCUGCAUGACUGAAAAAAACGAACCGGCGGGAAAGCGGCCUCCAUUCGACAGGUCUUUUUCCCCUGCCCCUGUUCCUGCCCAUUUGAUGAUUUGGCCGUUCUAAAUCAAAACUAAUUUGACAUAUUAGUAAAGACAAGAUUCAGAAAAUUGAGAAUAGUCUGAUGGGUGAAAAUAGGAUCACUUGAUGAGAGAACAGCUGUGCAGCCUGAGGCGUAGAACAGAGCGCAAAGCUUUUUUUUUGCUACUUUCUCAAAUCAUCAAUAGCCUGUAGUCGUAUCAUGCAGCCCAAAUACACUACCAGUCAAAUGUUUGGACAUACCUACUCAUUCAAGGGUAGUAACCAAAAAAGUGUUAAACAAAUCCAAGUAUAUUUGAUAUUUGAGAAUCUUCAAAUAGCCACCCUUUGCCUUAAUGACAGCUUUGCACACGCUUGGCAUUCUCUCAACCAGCUUCACCUGGAAUGCUUUUCCAACAGUCUUGAAGGAGUUCCCACAUAUGCUGAGCACUUGUUGGCUGCAUUUCGUUCACUCUGCGGUCCGACUCAUCCCAAACCAUCUCAAUUGGGUUGAGGUCAGGGGAUUGUGGAGGCCAGGUCAUCUGAUGCAGCACUCCAUCACUCUCCUUUUUGGUAAAAUAGCCCUUACACAGCCUGGAGGUGUGUUGGGUCAUUGUCCUGUUGAAAAACAAAUGAUAUUCCCACUAAGCCCAAACCAGAUGGGAUGGCAUAUCGCUGCAGAAUGCUGUGAUAGCCAUGCUGGUUAAAUGUGCCUUGAAUUCUAAAUAAAUCACAGACAGUGUCAUCAGCAAAGAACCCCCACACCAUAACACCACCUCCUCCAUGCUUUACGGUGGGAAAUACACAUGCGGAGAUCAUCCGUUCACCCACACCGCGUCUCACAAAGACAUGGCAGUUGGAACCAAAAACCUCCAAUUUGGACUCCAGACCAAAGGACAAAUUUCCACCGGUCUAAUGUCCAUUGCUCGUGUUUCUUGGCCCAAGCAGGUCUCUUCUUAUUAUUGGUGUCCUUUAGUAGUGGUUUCUUUGCAGCAAUUCGACCAUGAAGGCUUGAUUCACACAGUCCCCUCUGAACAGUUGAUGUUGAGAUGUGUCUGUUACUUGAACUCUGUGAAGCAUUUAUUUGGACUGCAAUUUCUGAGGCUGGUAACUCUAAUGAACUUAUCCUCUGCAGCGGAGUUAACUCUGGGUCUUCCAUUCCUGUUGCGGUCCUCAUGAGAGCCAGUUUCAUCAUAGCGCUUGAUGGUUUUUGCGACUGCACUUGAAGAAACUUUCAAAGUUCUUGAAAUGUUCCGUAUUCACUGACCUUCAUGUCUUAAAGUAAUGAUGGACUGUCAUUUCUCUUGCUUAUUUGAGCUGUUCUUUCCAUAAUAUGGACUUGGUAUUUCACCAAAUAGGGCUAUCUUCUGUAUACCUCCCUACCUUGUCACAACACAACUGAUUGGCUCAAACGCAUUAAGAAGGAAAGAAAUUCCACAAAUUAACUUUUAAGAAGGCACACCUGUUAAUUGAAAUACAUUCCAGGUGACUACCUCAUGAAGCUGGUUGAGAGAAUGCCAAGAGUGUGCAAAGCUGUCAUCAAGGCCAGGGUGGCUAUUUGAAGAAUCUCAAAUAUAAAAUACUUUUGUUUAACACUUUUUUGGUUACUACAUGAUUCCAUAAGUGUUAUUUCAUAGUUUUGAUGUCUUCACUAUUAUUCUACAAUGUAAAAAAUAAAGAAAAUCCCUGGAAUGAGUAGGUGUGUCCAAACUUUUCACUGGUACUGCAUGUUUUGAUUUCUAAGACAUUCUAAGGUUUGUAUCAUUAACAACAAAAGUUGCCAAAUAACUCUAAAUACAGAGUAUAGGACCUGUUUCAAAUGAUCACUUUUACACUCAACAUAGCCACUUCAUAUACGCACUCACUCCGGAAUAGGAAAAUAUCCUUUAUAUUUUAUUUAGCUAAGUUCAAUUAUAUUCUUCUAACUAUAAAAUCAUAUAAUAUAAAAUAAUGGCACAGGACUUAUAAGCAAAUAUUGUCUGCUAAAUGAACAAGCCUACAGCCUAUGGCAUGGAGCAUAGCCAGAUAACAUACAGUAGGCCAACUCAUAUUCUGUUCUUCUGAAAUACAUUUUCUUCAUAUCAUAAUGUUUCUUUAGAUCUGCCUAAAAUAAAUAAUGGAUUUAUUGUGGUGGUGUACAUUAAAUUGAUUUCUUAGACUUUUUUAAAUGUAGAUGUUCCAAAGGCUCAGAUCAGCAGCUUGUAGCCUAUACAUGGAGGCCUGGAAAUGCUAAAUGUGUUUAUGUUAAUUAACGGUCCAUUACCGUGAGAACGGCAGGCUUUUGCAUGACAAUAACCGGCUGACAAAAUGUCAUGACCGCCACAGUCCUACUGAUAAAGUUAUUACCCCUGAAUGUCAUGACCGCCACAGUCCUGCUGAUAAAGUUAUUACCCCUCAAUGUCAUGACCGCCACAGUCCUACUGAUAAAGUUAUUACCCCUCAAUGUCAUGACCGCCACAGUCCUGCUGAUAAAGUUAUUACCCCUCAAUGUCAUGACCGCCACAGUCCUACUGAUAAAGUUAUUACCCCUCAAUGUCAUGACCGCCACAGUCCUGCUGAUAAAGUUAUUACCCCUCAAUGUCAUGACCGCCACAGUCCUGCUGAUAAAGGUAUUACCCCUCAAUGUGUUGUUGAAACAGCUCAGUAACCAUGGUGUCUGGAAAGAGAAUAAAAGUGUCAUAGGAUAUAGUGUGUAUUUCCAAUAGGAUAUAGUGUGUCUUUCCAAUAGGAAAUAGUGUGUCUUUCUGAUAGGAUAUAGUGUCUUUCCAAUAGGAUAUAGUGUCUUUCCAAUAGGAUAUAGUGUCUUUCCAAUAGGAUGUAGUGUGUAUUUCCAAUAGGAUAUAGUGUGUAUUUCCAAUAGGAUAUAGUGUGUAUUUCCAAUAGGAUAUAGUGUGUCUUUCCAAUAGGAUAUAGUGUGUCUUUCCAAUAGGAUAUAGUGUCUUUCCAAUAGGAUAUAGUGUCUUUCCAAUAUGAUAUAGUGUGUCUUUCCAAUAGGAUAUAGUGUGUAUUUCCAAUAGGAUAUAGUGUGUCUUUCCAAUAGGAUAUAGUGUGUCUUUCCAAUAGGAUAUAGUGUCUUUCCAAUAGGAUAUAGUGUGUCUUUCCAAUAGGAUAUAGUGUGUAUUUCCAAUAGGAUAUAGUGUGUAUUUCCAAUAGGAUAUAGUGUGUCUUUCCAAUAGGAUAUAGUGUGUCUUUCCAAUAGGAUAUAGUGUGUCUUUCCAAUAGGAUAUAGUGUGUCUUUCCAAUAGGAUAUAGUGUCUUUCCAAUAGGAUAUAGUGUGUCUUUCCAAUAGGAUAUAGUGUGUCUUUCCAAUAGGAUAUAGUGUCUUUCCAAUAGGAUAUAGUGUGUCUUUCCAAUAGGAUAUAGUGUGUAUUUCCAAUAGGAUAUAGUGUGUCUUUCCAAUAGGAUAUAGUGUGUCUUUCCAAUAGGAUAUAGUGUGUCUUUCCAAUAGGAUAUAGUGUGUCUUUCCAAUAGGAUAUAGUGUGUCUUUCCAAUAGGAUAUAGUGUCUUUCCAAUAGGAUAUAGUGUGUCUUUCCAAUAGGAUAUAGUGUGUCUUUUCAAUAGGAUAUAGUGUGUCUUUCCAAUAGGAUAUAGUGUGUCUUUCCAAUAGGAUAUAGUGUGUCUUUCCAAUAGGAUAUAUUGUCUUUCCAAUAGGAUAUAGUGUCUUUCCAAUAGGAUAUAGUGUCUUUCCAAUAGGAUAUAGUGUCUUUCCAAUAGGAUAUAGUGUGUCUUUCCAAUAGGAUAUAGUGUGUCUUUCCAAUAGGAUAUAGUGUCUUUCCAAUAGGAAAUACUUUAUUCUCUGCUCCAGUUAGAAGAUCAACUUGUGCAGGAAAUGUAAGAGCGCUGAGAUCUAUCCCAGACCAGUGGAAAACCCCUCUGAGAUCUAACCCAGACCAGCAGAGCUUUGUCCAGAGAACUACUGGAAACAGACCUGCCAUGUAUGAUUCUCAUCUCUCCUUCCCUGCAGGCCUCUGUUCAAAGAUGCAUCGGGGACGCUGGACAAAAGUGGUCGUUUCUCUGCCAUCUACAGACAGGACAGUAACAAGCUGUCCAACGACGACAUGUUCAAACUGCUGGCUGACUUCAGAAAGUUAGUAACUCCAACUGUCUACAGAUGGCGGAGUACAUUGCAUCACAUUGAGAAUAUUGAAUGUAUUAUUGUUUAGUCUGAAUGCUUAAAGGGUUAUAACAGUGGGUAUUUAAUCAGCUGAAUCCCAUAGGCAGUUUUUUUUGGCUAAAGAGACUCUCUUUCACAAUGAAAGUCUGUACCGCAGAUGUUUUCUCACCUUUAUAAAUAUUUGGUUUCUCCUCUUGGGUUCUGUCUGUUCACAGGGUAGUUUCCAGGCAGCUUGCCUGUUUUCCAUCAGGUCCUCCUAGGGAGAUGAUAACAAAGGUAUUAACCACUGCUUAUUGUGCUUGUCCUCCCUAGGCCAGAGAAGAUGGCCAAGCUCCCUGUAAUCUUAGGAAACCUAGACGUUACCAUUGAUGAUGUUGCCCCUGACUUGACAAGUAAGCCCUCCAAAUUCAACUCACACUGGGAACAUGAAAGAUGACUCUGUUUCUCUUCACAUCAGGUUGGUCUGAUUGUCUGUCCUGUCUCUGUCGCUGUGUGUAGAUUGUGUUAGCUCAUCCUACAUUCCUGUGAAGACUUUUGAUAGCAGUGAGAAGACGAACAUCUUCUUUGAAGUUGAGGAGUUUGUACCCUACAUAGCCAAGUGCUCCCAGCCUUUCACCAUCUACAACAAUCACCUCUAUGUGUACCCCAGGCACCUGAAGUACGACAGCCAAAAAUCCUUCGCAAAGGUAUAGUCACAAAGCCACAAACCGCUCAGUUUGAUCAAAGAUACACAAAUCUCAUGUGGCUAGAUACUUGAUUACAUGUAACAAUCUGCCACGAGAGACUACUACAUAUCAUGAUAUUACUUUCACAACUUUACUUUAAAUGUGUCUAGCAGAAAUGUGUUCCCUCCGUCAUCUCCAAGUGGGUCAGCUUAGUUGUCUGUCUGUCUACUCUCUCCUCAGGCUAGAAACAUAGCUGUCUGCAUCGAGUUCAAGGACUCGGACGAGGAGGAGGCUGAUUCGCUCAAGGUAAGCUACUACUCGUAUGACUCCUUCUAGCAGAGUUCUCAGAGCCACAGUGUCAUUUGGUUGUAGAGGAACAGCAUACCACUCAGGGAAAUAAAGGGAUUGUUAUUAUUACCCACAGUGCAUCUAUGGUCGACCAGGAGGACCCCUGUUUACCAAAAAUGCCUCCGCUGCAGUAUUACAUCACCAGCACAGCCCAGAGUUUUACGAUGAGGUACUGAUGUGAUUUUGAUUGGAUUUAUUUCAUUCAUGCUCGCAGUCGACCCGACUGAAUUAUGCAGAAUGCACAGUUACAUUUAAACAAUACUUUAAAGUAAGUUGUGAGUGGACGAAGCAGUGGCAGCAUGUACGCCAACCCUGAGUACGCUAACCCUGAGUACGCUAACCCUGAGUACGCUAACCCUGAGUACGCUAACCCUGAGUACGCUAACCCUAAGUACGCUAACCCUGAGUACGCUAACCCUGAGUACGCUAACCCUGAGUACGCUAACCCUGAGUACGCUAACCCUGAGCGUGUAUGUUCCUCAGUUUAAGAUAGAGCUGCCCACUCAGCUCAACGAGAAGCACCAUCUGCUGUUCACCUUCUUCCACGUCAGCUGUGACAGCAACAGCAAGGGCAGCACCAAGAAGAGAGAUGUGCUGGAGACACAAGGUAGACACCAGAUCCAGGAUACAGAACCCAUAUGGCCCUAUCUCAAACGAUCCCCCCCUAGGCCUACAUCCAGUCUCAAGCCAUCCAAAUGAAUCCUCCUCAGUUUAAUGCUGGUCGAUUUUUGCCAGUUUCCUUAUUCUCCUACUGUUGGGUGUGACGCUGUCUGUAAGCUGACUGCCAGUCCUGUCUCUUGUCCUUGUCUGUCCCCAGUGGGUUACGCAUGGCUCCCUCUGCUGAAGGAUGGCAGGGUGAUCAUGAAUGAGAGUCACGUCCCCGUGGCUGCCAACCUGCCCGCUGGCUACCUCAGCUGUCAGGAGGGUGUCAGCAAGGUAACUCUCCCUUCAGACACACACACAACACACACACACACACACACACACAACACACACAACACACACACACACUGUGGCUUCCUUUCCCUUUUCCGUGGCUCCUUUCCUUCAUCACCACAAAUCUGAAAGAACAUAACAGGUUUAAAGAAACUGGAUUUAAACCUAUCCAGUCAUUUUCUAUCAGUAAAAUCUAACCUGUAAGUGUCUGUGAAAGAAAGUAGAGGAAGAAAGAGAGAGCCCUUUCUGAGUAGUGCACUGCCUGUACCUUACAGGGGGGCACUGUGUGCAUUGCUUGUUGUCUGCCUCAAGGUUGUGUGAGAUGUCAUUAUCUCAGCCAAUCAGGGGAGGUGAAAGCACACAGCAGAGUGACUAAACAAUGUUAAGCUAAUUGCAUGGGAACAUAUGGCUGAAUUAAUGACUGAUGUUUGGUUGUUUCAACUUGAGCUUUAGUUCUCUUCUCUGCAUUGCAUUGGAUCAACCUAGAGUACACUAAAUGCCUUUAAUUGAUUAAACUGUAGGUUAAUCCAAUACAAAAUCUUUGUAGUAUGAUAACCGGUGACUUUGUAUUUAUGAUUAUUAAAAUAUUUCAAAUGUCCCGUGCAGCAGCAACACCCUGAAAUCAAAUGGGUGGAUGGAGGCAAGCCUUUGUUCAAGGUCUCCACUCACCUCGUCUCCACUGUGUACACUCAGGUUGGUUUCAUUUCACAGAUGAGUUCAGUCACACAACCGAUACAGGAUCUCCAUCGCCUCUUCCAGACAUCUUGUUUUCUAACAUCUCUACUUCUCCUCUCUCUGUAGGAUCAACAUCUGCACAAUUUCUUUGGCCACUGUCAGAGCACAGAGUCUGCAGCCCAGGUGGCAGAAGGAGAGCUGGUCAAGUAUCUGAAGGUAAAGCAUUGUCAGGUGACGGUGGCACCUCCGUGGGCAUGAGCAGAAUGUGUGGAGACAUGGCUGACUCUGACUGGGGUCUGAAAGAAAUGACACCUGUUGUUGUGCGUCGAAUAUGGGUGGCUUGAGAGAAACCACGUUAAUGGAUCCAUUCUCUCUCUCUCAAUCUCUCUCUCGCUCCCUCCCUCCCUCCAACACCUGUCACCCAUCACUCUCUCUGCCAUCCAGGCUGUCUGAUUUCCCCAGGAUGUUUAUAAAUCGGUGCUUAUUUACGCAGGCCUUGAUGGGACAAUGCAAGCAUUACCCUCUGCUCCAGUCCAGAGGUGCUCUCUCCAUUGCCCCCUUCUGGACACUGACAUGAGCAGAGACACAUAUUCAGAUUAAUCUCUGGGGUACUCAUGUAAACACACUAGUCCACACAAACAAUGGUCACCCAAGGUCAGGUUCUAGCAGAGAGAGUUUCACUGGCAAGUUGUCAGAUGACUUGGCUGGCCUUGGCUUUGUUAGCGACCCGUGCGGAGACAGUGAUGCACCAACGGGCCGCUCUGCCUCUUUCCAGGAACUAACUCGUAGGUGUGUGUGAUUGACGUGCUCGUCCUGCUAUGCUGGUGCUUCUUUUCCGUUUCCUCUUACUGCGUGUUUGGUUUCCGCCCCUCUCGGUGAGAUGCACCUUUCACCCCCUCAUCAGAGACUGAGCCAACAUGGGAGUGCAUGUUUACUGUACGCCACCAAGCACUUAGAUUAAAGCUAAUUAUUGUUCUCUCCCUCCGAAUCGUUUUUACAAAAGUCAGUUCUGUUACUGCAGUUAACCCUGUAUAGACCUUUUGAUGUGCUUGUGGAUGACAUUCUGCAGGAUCAGCAUUUUGACUCAGGGAAGGAAGCGUUAGUAAUCCUCUAUUCUCUCUCCUCCUCAGAGUCUACAUGCUAUGGAGAGUUAUGUGAUGAUACAUUUCCUGCCCACCACUCUCAACCAGCUGUUCCGUGUGCUGACCAGUGCCACCCGCGAGGAGGUGGCCGUCAACGUCACCAGGUCAGUAGUGUUAGCCUGCGUCCCAAAUGGCACCCUAUUCCCCCAUAGAGCUCUGGUCAAAAGUAGUGCACUAUAUAGGCAAUAGGGUGCGACUUGGGAGACUCCCGUAGACAUGUUCGAUUGGGUUCUCUGUGAGGCCUGAGUAUUGACACACAAACCAGAAACCUGGUUAUUGUUGCUUUCUUCCCCUAUCAGAGUCAUGAUUCACAUUGUUGCCCAGUGCCACGAAGAGGGGUUGGAGCACUACCUACGAUCAUAUGUCAAGGUAAGCAGGACACCGGUCGAUUUUAUCAGAUGGCACAGUCACCUAUUGUGUAGUUGUAGAAAGCUGAUGUUGUUUUCUGUCCCGUCCCUGGUUCAGUAUGUGUUUAAGACCGAGCCGUACACAUCCACUACCACGAGAACAGUGCACGAGGAGCUGGCCAAAGCCAUGACUGCAAUUCUAAAGCCUUCCACAGACUUCCUCACCAGCAACAAGUUGCUCAAGGUAAUGAACAGCACAGCAAUACUGUGAAGAAGGAUUUUCUGGACAUUUACAUCAAGUUUCAUGUUUGCAUUGAUUUGUAUUUGUUUCUGUAUUUCUGUUUUGUAGUACUCCUGUAUUUCUGUUUUAUAGUACUCCUGGUAUUUCUGUUUUGUAGUACUCCUGGUAUUUCUGUUUUGUAGUACUCCUGGUAUUUCUGUUUUGUAGUACUCCUGAUAUUUCUGUUUUGUAGUACUCCUGAUAUUUCUGUUUUGUAGUACUCCUGAUAUUUCUGUUUUGUAGUACUCCUGAUAUUUCUGUUUUGUAGUACUCCUGAUAUUUCUGUUUUGCAGUACUCCUGGUAUUUCUUCGAAGCCUUAGUGAAGUCCAUGGCACAGUACUUGAUUGAGAGCAGUAAAGUCAAGGUAAGUCUGUUGUGACACUAAAGCCAAGUCUUCAUUUUUCUAUUAUAGAAAUGUCAGCUUGUCAAUUUGAGCUCCAAACAUGCGCAGCAGUGUGGGCUGCCACAGUCCUCCCACAGAAUAAAGCACAGCCAUGUCUCAUAAAUAACCAUCACCUCAAUGCUAUCCACAGCAGUCUCCCCUAACCAACCGUAGGCCUGAGUUUCCUCCCUGGCAUGGCCAUGUAUAAUCAGGAGGCUGCUAUACGAACCAUUACACUCCCUCAGGAGUGUGCCACACUGAACAGAUGAAACAGGGAGUCUCCAUUAUUGGGUUCCCCCUGUACUGUGGUUCUGUGGUGGCUCACUGGGAUGGCCUCUCUCUGGGAAGAGCUGAGCUGGGGUCAUAAACAAAACAACAAUGUGUUGUUGGAAGUUUAUAGCUCCUCGAGGACCACAUCGGAAAUGGAAGUGUUGUAAUAUUACUUUCAUGUUAUCCUCUGGGCACUUCUGGAAUCCUAACCCAAAAUCAAUCUGACAGUAACAGGCUGUGUGUAGCUCUGACAGUAACAGGCUGUGACAUUAACAGCACUGACAGUAACAACUCUGCCAGUAACAGCUGUGACAUUAACAGCACUGACAGUAACAGCACUGACAGUAACAGCUGUAAAAGUAACAGCUGUGACCAUAACAGCACUGACAGUAACAGCACUGACAGUAACAGCACUGACAGUAACAGCACUGACAGUAACAGCACUGACAGUAACAACUCUGACAGUAACAGCACUGACAGUAACAGCACUGACAGUAACAGCACUGACAGUAACAGCACUGACAGUAACAGCACUGACAGUAACAGCACUGACAGUAACAGCACUGCCAGUAACAGCACUGACAGUAACAACUCUGACAGUAACAGCUGACAGUAACAGCACUGACAGUAACAGCACUGACAGUAACAACUCUGACAGUAACAGCACUGACAGUAACAGCACUGACAGUAACAGCACUGACAGUAACAACUCUGACAGUAUCAGCACUGACAGUAACAGCACUGACAGUAACAACUCUGACAGUAACAGCACUGACAGUAACAGCACUGACAGUAACAGCACUGACAGUAACAGCACUGACAGUAACAACUCUGACAGUAACAGCACUGACAGUAACAGCACUGACAGUAACAACUCUGACAGUAACAGCACUGACAGUAACAGCACUGACAGUAACAGCUUGUCUCUGUUUCUCAGCUGUCCAGGAACCAGCGUUUCUCGGCCGGCUUCCACCACACGGUGGAGACCCUGGUCAACAUGAUGAUGCCCCACAUCACCCAGAAGUACAAGGACAACCUGGACGCAGCCCGGAACGCCAACCACAGCCUGGCUGUCUUCAUCAAGGUCAGCUGGCGCCAUCUGAUUGGCUAGGCGGGCACACUUGGUCGUCCUUGUAGUCAGUUCCGGAUCAUAUCAAUUUAUUAGUCUUUUAAUGGAGGUUUAUGAUAUCUACAGUUGUGUACACUACUGAAAUGUCCUUUCCUUCCUGUGUCCACAGCGCUGUUUGACCCUAAUGGACAGAGGCUUUGUCUUCAAGCAGAUCAACAACUACAUCCACUGCUUUGUGCCUGGAGACCCCAGGGUAGCUCUCAUGAUGAUAUGAUUAUGAUCAGUUAUUACAAUGAUAUUCAUAUUUCCACAACUAUACCUUAGUGGUAACACUAAUGUACAUGUAUCUUGUUUUCAGACUCUGUUUGAGUUCAAGUUUGAUUUCCUGCGUGUCGUAUGCAACCACGAGCACUACAUCCCCUUGAAUCUGCCCAUGCCUUUUGGAAAGGGGAGGAUACAGAGAUUUCAAGGUGAGGAGCUAAAUAAAAUGUACCGUAUGAAGGUAUACCAGGGUUGUAUGAGGUGCUUCUAUUGAACUAACCUAAAACCACAACGCUGUUAUACAGUAAUAGGAUCCUGUCCAUUUUAGUGUUUUAAAUCGCUUCUCCAGCAGCAUCUCAUUAAACUCAAGUAUUCAGACCCAGUUUGAAUACAUUUGCAAACAUUUCAAAAAACCUGUUUUUCGCUUUGUCAUUAUGGGGUAUUGUGUGUAGAUUGAUGAGGAUUUUAUUUUAUUUUAUCAAUUUUAGAAUACGGCUGUAACGUAACAAAAUGUGGGAGAAGUGAAGGGGUCUGAAUUCUUUCCGAAUGCACUGUAUACUGUCCAGGUUCUGAUAGACCACUACCUAUAUACUGUCCUGAUAGAUCAGUAGUUAUACUAUCCUGAUAGACCACUAACUAUACUGUCCUGAUAGACCACUAGCUAUACUGUCCUGAUAGACCACUAACUAUACUGUCCUGAUAGACCAUACUACUGUCCUGAUAGACAUACUACUGUCCUGAUAGACCACUAACUAUACUGUCCUGAUAGACCACUAGCUAUACUGUCCUGAUAGACCACUAACUAUACUGUCCUGAUAGACCACUAACUAUACUGUCCUGAUAGACCACUAACUAUACUGUCCUGAUAGACCACUAACUAUACUGUCCUGAUAGACCACUAACUAUACUGUCCGAUAGACCACUAACUAUACUGUCCUGAUAGACCACUAACUAUACUGUCCUGAUAGACCACUAACUAUACUGUCCUGAUAGACCACUAACUAUACUGUCCUGAUAGACCACUAGCUAUACUGUCCUGAUAGACCACUAACUAUACUGUCCUGAUAGACCACUAACUAUACUGUCCUGAUAGACCACUAGCUAUACUGUCCUGAUAGACCACUAACUAUACUGUCCUGAUAGACCACUAGCUAUACUGUCCUGAUAGACCACUAUCUAUACUGUCCUGAUAGACCACUAACUAUACUGUCCUGAUAGACCACUACUAUACUGUCCUGAUAGACCACUAACUAUACUGUCCUGAUAGACCACUAACUAUACUGUCCUGAUAGACCACUAACUAUACUGUCCUGAUAGACCACUAACUAUACUGUCCUGAUAGACCACUAGCUAUACUGUCCUGAUAGACCACUAGCUAUACUGUCCUGAUAGACCACUAACUAUACUGUCCUGAUAGACCACUAGCUAUACUGUCCUGAUAGACCACUAGUUAUACUGUCCUGAUAGACCACUAGCUAUACUGUCCUGAUAGACCACAAACUAUACUGUCCUGAUAGACCACUACUAUACUGUCCUGAUAGACCACUAGCUAUACUGUCCUGAUAGACCACUAGACUAUACUGUCCUGAUAGACCACUAACUAUACUGUCCUGAUAGACCACUAACUAUACUGUCCUGAUAGACCACUACUAUACUGUCCUGAUAGACCCACUAGCCUUAUACUGUCCUGAUAGACCACUAGUAUACUGUCCUGAUAGACCACUAACUAUACUGUCCUGAUAGACCACUACUAUACUGUCCUGAUAGACCACUAACUAUACUGUCCUGAUAGACCACUAGCUAUACUGUCCUGAUAGACCACUAGCUAUACUGUCCUGAUAGACCACUAGCUAUACUGUCCUGAUAGACCACUAGCUAUACUGUCCUGAUAGACCACUAACUAUACUGUCCUGAUAGACCACUAGUUAUACUGUCCUGAUAGACCACUAACUAUACUGUCCUGAUAGACCACUAACUAUACUGUCCUGAUAGACCACUAGUUAUACUGUCCUGAUAGACCACUAGCUAUACUGUCCUGAUAGACCACUAACUAUACUGUCCUGAUAGACCACUCAUACGUCCUAUAACCCUAAUAACUGUCCUGAUAGACCACUAACUAUACUGUCCUGAUAGACCACUAGCUAUACUGUCCUGAUAGACCACUAGCUAUACUGUUCGAUAGACCACUACUAUACUGUCCUGAUAGACCACUAGCUAUCUGUCCUGAUAGACCACUAGCUAUACUGUUCUGAUAGACCACUAGCUGUACUGUCUGGAAAAUACUGUCCUGAUAGAACACUAACUAUAACUGUCCUGAUAACAACUAACGAUACUGUCCUGAUAGACCACUAACAUACUGUCCUAUAGACCACUAUCUAUAUCGGUCGAUAGACCACUAGCUAUACUUUUUCUGAUAGACCACUAGCUAUACGUCGCUGAUAGAACCACUAGUUUAUACUGUCUGAUGACCACUAGUUAUACUGUCCUGAUACCACUAGCUAUACUGUCCUGAUAGACCACGAAGCUAUAAACUGUCCUGAUAGACCACAGCUAUCUGUCCGGAUGACCACUAGCUAUACUGUCCUGAUAGAUCAGUAGUUAGACUGUCUAUUAGACCACUAGCAUACUGUACCUGAUAAGAACCACAGCUAUACUGUCCUGAUAGAUCCACUAGUUAUAAUCUGUCCUGCUAGACCACUAACUAUACUGUCCCUGAUAGACCACGAUCUAUACUGUCCUGAUAGAACACUAGCAUAUACUGUCCUGAUAGACCAUAGUUAUACUGCCUGAAACACUGCUAUACUGUCCUGAAUAGAUCCCCUAGCUAACUGUCCUGAUAGGACCACUAGUUAUACUGUCCCUGAUAGACCACUAACUAUACUGUCCUGAUAGACCACUAUUAUACUGUCCUGAUAGACCACUAUAUACUGUCCUGAUAGACCACUAACUAUACUGUCCUGAUAGACCACUAGCUAUACUGUCCUGAUAGACCACUAGCUAUACUGUCCUGAUAGACCACUAACUAUACUGUCCUGAUAGACCACUAGUUAUACUGUCCUGAUAGACCACUAGUUAUACUGUCCUGAUAGACCACUAGCUAUACUGUCCUGAUAGACCACUAGUUAUACUGUCCUGAUGCUCUGUGAAGCCAUAUCAGUGUAUUAUCUUUAACCCUGCUUGCUAACGGAAUCUGUUCAUUCACUGCAUGCCUAGUCCCUGACUUCUGUUUGGUUGUCUAUUUUAACUGGAAAUAACUGUGUUAUAGAACGUUAUGAUUUUGUCUUGUAAUAUUUCAGAAAGUAAUCAUUUCCAACCACUCUGCUUUGAUUUUUGUUUUUGUGUUGGAAAUAGUUUUGGUUUCCUGAUUACAGUCUCCAUUAGCGUUAUAGUGCAGUUGAACUUCAUUCCAAUGGAACUAGUCUAUUUAAGGUCGAAUGUUGGCUCUGGCAAACAUCAGUUCAGUGCUGCGGUUCAUUUACAUUUACAUUUUAGUCAUUUAGCAGACGCUCUUAUCCAGAGCGACUUACAGGAGCAAUUAGGGUUAAGUGCCUUGCUCAAGGGCACAUCGACAGAUUUUUCACCUAGUCGGCUCGGGGAUUAGAACCAGCGACCUUUCGGUUACUGGAACAACGCUCUUAACCACUAAGCUACCUGGUUCAAACAUCAACUCAGUGCUGCAGUUCAAACAUCAGCUCAGUGCUGCGGUUGUGUUGUUGUUUACAUCAUAGCAGAUAGUUGAGGUUUGGGACAUCCUCCUAACGUCUCUCUCCUGUUUGUCCUCCUCCCAGACCUCCAGUUGGACUACUCGCUGACAGACGACUUCUGUAAGAACCACUUCCUGGUUGGGCUGCUGCUGCGGGAGGUUGGCGGGGCCUUGCAGGAGUUCCGGGAGAUCCGUCAGAUAUCCAUCCACGUGCUCAAGAACCUGAUGGUCAAGCACACCUUUGACGAGCGCUACACCUCCAAGGUAAGCCCAGUCAUCCCUGUCUCUUUCCUCUCUAGUCAUUUAGAAAUUCCUCAUAAGGGAAAAGGAAGUUGAUUUAAUCAGAUUAUCUCUAUUUCAGAGCCAGCAGGCUAGGUUGGCCACCCUCUACCUGCCCCUGUUCGGUCUGCUCAAGGAGAACGUCCACAGGCUCAACGUGAAGGAAGUCUCCCCAUUCACCAUCAACCACUCCAACAACGUAAGGCUUCUAUCUAGUGGCUGGCUACGACCACAACUCAAAUCAACAACGUAAGGAUGCCAUCUAGUGGCUGGCUACGACCACAAUUCAAAUCCCUACCUGCAAAGACUUGACUAAUGGUUGAUUUUCCUUUCAGAAUGGAAGAGACGACCCACUCCUGGGCAACUCCAUGAUGAUGACGCCUCCGAGGUCCAGUACUUUGUUCGAGAACAGUUUGCACAAGGAUGUGUUUGGAGUCAUCUCUGGCACUGGUGAGAUUCAGUCUGCUUUUUGCACUGAUGUGAGAUUUCAAAUCAAAUCAAAUCAAAUCCAAUUUUAUUGGCCACAUGCGCCGAAUACAACAGGUGCAGACAUUACAGUGAAAUGCUUACUUACAAGCCCUUAACCAACAGUGCAUUUAUUUUUAAUAAAAAAGUAAAAUAAAACAACAACAGAAAAAAAGAGCAGAAGUAAAAUAAAAUAACAGUAGGGAGGCUAUAGGGGGUCUAUAGAUGAGAUUUCACUCAUGUUGUCCAAUGGUGAUUGAGGAUAUGGUAUUUAUACUAUUAUAGUAUAAUUAAUUAUUAUAUUAUAGUGAUUUGAUAUUAAUAUUUAACCGUGCUGGCGUUUCUGUGUUCUCCAGCCUCCCCCCAUGCAUCCUCUACCCCCAACACAAACUCUGUCCGCCACACUGACUCCCGGGGCUCCCUCAUCAGCACUGACUCUGGAAACAGCCUUCCCGAGAAGAGCAACGAUAAGAGCAACUCUCUGGACAAGGUACAACGCCAUGGACUCAUACUACAGCCACUGUCAUGGACCAUUACUUAAAGAUGAUCAUUUUUAACUUAUUGGUAUUGGCUUUAGUAAAAUAGCUGCAGGCUGAGAUCUGCUUGACAGAUAGACUGGUCAUCAGUUAUUGAGGGUCUAGCAUAUGACCACUGCAGUGCUGUUAUUAGUGUGUUAGUCUGUUUAGGCUUGAAAUAAAUCUGUGUGGGGUCAAUACGAGAUUCAGCAGCUAUUUAGUGGGUCAGAUUUAGGCCACAGAUUUAGUUGAGGAUGUUCCAUGCAUCAUUUUCAGUAUUUCUCAGACAGACACCUGUUACACCAGUGACAGUUAUGAGGUUACUGCCUGUUAACUUGUACUAUUGACUCCUCCAUCCACCCUCCCACUCCUGCUGUUGGCAGAAGGAUAAUUACAGGCGGAGACACUCUGCCAAUGUGCUGCGCUUAUUUUCCGAGCCCGAGGACUCCAUUCGCUCCAAACGCGCCACCGUGGACUUUUCCCUGCUCACUGUCCCCAGUGUCUCAGAGAAUCAUGUCCCGCAUCACACCACCACUCCACUCCAAGUACAGAAUAAACCUCCCUCACCUUUACCUCCUCCCCUUCCUCCCAAGAGUGUCCUGUCUGGGAGUGGGUGUAAGAGUGUGUUUUAGUCUUUGCAGUGUUCCUUUCUUUGCCAGGAGGAUGUUACACAGUUUCAUCUCCGGUGCCAUGAAGCACAGCUACUGCAUGUCUUCAUGAGGUUUUCUGUCGGAGUGAUACUGAAGCAUUUACCCGGGCUCGAGUCUCUUUAUUUCUGAUCUCCCUCAUGUUUGCUGUGUGACUAUUUUAGCUGUAAGAGUUUUAGAGGAUUGUUCUCAGAACUCUUAGUACUUAGGGGCUGGGCACAGUUACCGUAUAUACGGGUUCUUUACAACGGGAUGAAACUUUGUUGCUCCUUGGCUGAAACAAGUGAGCAACUCAAUAUUAGGAAGGUGUUCCUAAUGUUUGGUAUACUCAGUGUAUAUGGCAGCUAGGUUUAGCCGCUAACUUUCUCUGUCAACACUCCUCCAAGACAAGAAAUAGCUUCAGUCUUUCCAUGAGGUCAUCCUCAGUUAGCGCUGGUCUAGACUAACUCACUGCUGGUAAAGGAAGACACUGUAUUUCCCCACGCUAUGGUAGAACUUCUACUCCACUGUUUUGUCGGUUCCUGCUUCCUGCUCUCUGCCCCGGCUUGGAGAGUUCUAGUGAUUAGGCCCUGCACGUACAACUGAUCCGUCAGUCUCCCCCGCAUCUAGAGUCCAGCAGGGCCUGAGUGACUGACUCCAUGAGUGACUGACUCCAUGAGUGACUGACUCCAUGAGUGACUGACUCCAUUAGUGACUCACUCCAUUAGUGACUCACUCCAUUAGUGACUCACUCCAUUAGUGUAGCCAUACUGCACCGUGAGUGCCCUGGGCUUGCUGCUAGCCAUUACAGUAGGCUUACAUGCUUAUGAAUGCAUCAUAUUAAUGUAAAUGUAUAGGAAGUAGAUGUACUGAAGGGUACUUUAGUAUUACAUAAUCAGUUCAAUGAUAGACUAACGUUUUUCUCUUUGCUGACGAAUGUACGUAAAUCAGCAUCUAAUAUUCUUCGAUACCUUAUUUUUCCUACCCUUUUUUGCCUUAUUAAACAUGUACAGAUUACCAUAAAUUAAGAUCAAGAAGUAGACAACAACGUGGAAAAUAGAACAACUAGCACACAUCUCCCAAUAGCAGUACUCUGUGAACAGAGCAGUGCAACAGGGUGUGAGUAGAAGACAAGCUAGCGUGUUGUAGCGUAUUCCAGCUGAUCUCUGACCAGUGUGACUGUCCCCUCAGAACCAGCCAGCGUCAGCCCUGGGUGGCAGCCUGCUGCGUUGUGACAAGCUGGACCAGGCUGAGAUCAAGAGCCUGCUCAUGUGCUUCCUGCACGUCCUCAAGAGCAUGUCUGAGGGUAAGACUUUACCUCUUUGUAGUCAAGUACUUCAUUUGAUGUUGUUGUUUUUUUUUUUUGGUGGGGGAAAAUAGGGUAUCCUUAGUGAACUGUGUUUUCUACAGCCAGUGGUUUCCCCAGGACUUGCGUCCCAAAUGACACCCUAUCCCCUAUUUAGUGCACUACUUUUGACAAAGGUCCAUAGGACACUAUAGGAAAUAGGGUACCAUUUGGGAUGCACUUAAAACCCCCCACCUCUCCUUCUUUCAGAUGCUCUGUUUACAUACUGGAACAAGGCCUCAUCUACUGAGCUCAUGGACUUCUUCACACUAGUAGAGUAAGCAUUGGACUGUCAGCUUGACCUUUGGUGUUAUUGUCCCGGUGCUACUUUAUACCGUUUACCGUAUAGAUUGAGUAUGUUUUAGCAUCCUCUAUUACCCACAAUGAGUAACAAUGAGUCUAAUGCUUUUGUCUCCAGAGUGUGUCUCCAUCAAUUCAGAUAUAUAGGAAAGAGAUGCAUCGCAAGGUAAUGUUGUUGUCCGAAUGGUUCAAUUGAAGCUUUUAUGUAAAACCUGUAGAUGAGACUAAAUUCUUAAUUUAUGACAAUUUUGUUGAUAGUAUUGUGUUGAAAAUGUUGCUGUUUUAAUGUCAGUGUGAAUAUUGUCCCAGACAUUUUAGGGUGCCUGUACACCACAAGCUAGUCCAUAUCUACUAUUUGAAGAUGCUAUGAAUGUUUUCUAGUAACACCUGAGAUCGUUUGAAUGACACAACCAUUGACUGAUAUCGCUACUGAUAUUGCCCAGGACAGUGCUAAUGUGUGGGGCUUGGUCUGUUGAGUUGUGUGUAAAGUAAAGACCCUCGAACACUACAGAACACACACUAUAACCACACACUAUUAACCACACACUAUUAACCACACACCACCAAGUACGCUCAUAUUUGCCUUUGGACUGGACUCUGGCACACAUUUUCUCUGUCCUGACGGCUCUCCGAUCUCUCUGACCACCACCACUGUCUGUUUAUCUAUUCACUUUAAUGCUGGCAAGUUUAAUAUAGUAAGAAAAAAUAAAACAUGGCUCCUGCCCCCUUCUGCUUGGGUAAGACUACAGGUGGAAUUAACUCUCCUAUACUAAAAGCAUGUUUUCUUCUCUCUUUUCUGAUUGGCUGUCUUAUAACGCUACACCACUUUGAUUGGCCAUGUAAUUGCAUCACACAGCUAUACCCUGCCAUAAGCUUCACAGGCUAUUGUCUCUCUCAUUGAGCAUGCGUUGGCUUCUGCUGCUACUAUCUGCUGUAAUUCUGCUCUAGCGAUGUCUGGUGUAAUGAAUGUAAAUCAAGCUUCUCUGGAUCGCCUCACAACUUGACUUAUCAACACUGAAUCAAGAUCGCAUGAAUGUACAAAACAUUAUGAACACCUGCUCUUUCCAUGACAUAGACUGACCAGGUGAAUCCAGGUGAAAGCUAUUAUCCCUUAUUGAUGUCACCUGUUAAAUCCACUUAAAUCAGUGUAGAUGAAGGGGAGGAGACAGGUUAAAGAAGGAUUUUUAUGCCUUGACAUUUGAGACAUGGAUUGUGCAUGUGCUCCAUUCAGAGGGUGAAUGGGCAAGACAAAAGAUUUAAGUUCCUUUGAACGGGGUAUGGUAGCAGGUGCCAGGCGCACCGGUUUGAGUGUGUCAAGAACUACAACGCUGCUGGGUUUUUCACGCUCAACAGUUUCCCUUGUCUAUCAAGAAUGGUCCACCACCCAAAGGACAUCCAGCCAACUUGACACAACUGUGGGAAGCAUUGGAGUCAACAUGGGCCAGCAUCCCUGUGGAACUCUUUAGAAACCUUGUAGAGUCCAUGCCCCGAUGAAUUGAGGCUGUUCUGCAGGCAAAGGGGGGUGCAACUAAAUAUUAGGAAGGUGUUCCUAAUGUUUUGUACACUCAGUGUAGAAAUAAUAGUCGUGGGUCAAAUGAGCUCCAAAGUGCUCCUAACAUACCUAAAGCAGACAUUUGUUUCAUUCCUAGGGGUUUGAUUUUCUCUUUGGCCCUAUUUCUAGCCUGGGAGCCAGUUUAUGAUUUAGACAACCUUAAACAGGAACCGAUCUGGCUACCAGGCUAUACAGUAUUUCCUUCUAUUUUGUGAUCAAUAUAAUAGUUAGGUAUGUGUAAUAUCCACUCUAACCUGCUUGACUAACCCUGACCCUGGUAUGUGUAUUAUCCAAUCUAACCUGCUUGACUAACCCUGACCCUGCUGGUAGUGGGUCACUCGUCUAACAGUGUCCUGUUUCCUCAUCAGGAGCCAGGAAGGGGUGGGACCCAUAGCAGCACAUGAGCGGAAGUCUCAGACUCUGCCUGUGUCCCGUAACAGGGCGGGAAUGAUGCAUGCCCGCUUACAGCAACUCAGCAGCCUGGAUAACUCAUACACUUUUAACCACAGUAAGUGCCCCCAAACACCCGCCUCUUAACCAGAGGCCCCGCACUCUAUAGUCAGUCACCUCAUCAUCAUCAUCAUCAUCAUCAUCAUCAUGUGUGCCAAACCCAAGUCCAAAGUCAGCCGUUCUAGAGCCAUUUCUCCAUGGAUGUGGUGGUUUUGAGUGAACAAAAGUGAAUGGUUUUAUCCUAGAGAGUAUAUGACCCCUUGGGUCAGUCAUCACUGGAUAUGUGUUGAAGGGAUGGUUUUCAUCAGGACCAAGAUCACUGUGUAACGCUGUAUUGACUUCACCAGGGCCUCCCGAGUGUCGCAGCGAUCUAUGGCUAGAGGCGUCACUACAGAUCCGGGUUCAAUCCCGGGCUGUGUCGCAGCCGGCCGCGACCUGGAGACCCAUGAGGCGGCGCACAAUUGGCCCAGCGUCGUCCGGGUUAGGGGAGGGUUUGGCUGGCUGGGAUGUCCUUGUCCCAUCGCGCUCUAGCGACUCCUUGUGGCAGUCGGGCGCAUGCACGCUAACUUCGGUCGCCAGCUGUACGCCGUUUCCUCCGACACAUUGGUGCAGCUGGCUUCCGGGUUAAGCAGGCAGUGUGUCAACAAGCAGUGCGGCUUGGCGGGGUCGUGUUUCGACCUUCACCUCGCCCGAGUCCGAAUGGGAGUUGCAACGAUUUAAAAAACCCAACUAAAUACAUAUAUAUAUAUUUUUAUUAAAACAUUUAAAAAAUGUAUAUAUAUAUAUAUUGACUUCACCAAAAGCAAAAGACAUUCAGCUCUAUAGUAAGUCUCUUACUUGAUUCCCUUUAAUGAAGUGAAUUUCUUUGUGUUUUCAGUGUAAGAAAGAUUUCAAGUGUACUUGGAAUAUCUGUAAAACAUGGUAAGAAUGUAUCAGGUCAACGACAGGCAGCUUACAGACUAUUUAUUAUUAGCUCUGUUCAUUUGGUUGAAUUAAGAGCAUGCCAUUAUAGCUGAGAAUGAGCCCCUUUAAACCCUCUGUUCCCUCUAUCCUGUUCAUUUCUGUUCCCUUCGUAACUCAUUUCAUUGUAUUCAAACCGCUGAAAAAUCACAAGUUGAAUGCGUUUGUUUUCAACUCAACUGAAUAUUAUUUCCUCCCUGUUAAGCAAUGGUUUUUGCCUUGCUACUAAUAAUAGCUAUUCUCUCAGACUGUAUUGCAAUGAUUACUCACAAGAGGGCAUCUAGGGCAGCCCUGACUCAGAGUGUGAGUCCCAAAUGGCACCCUAUUCCCUAUAUAGUGCACUACUUUUGACCAGAGCCCCUAUGGGUCCAAUGUGCCCUGGUCAAAAGUAGUGCACUAUAUAGGGAAUAGGGUGCUUUGGAAGUGCUCCAGCAGUGUGGUAUGUGUCCUCUGCAGCCUAUAGCCACACCGACGCUGACGUGCUGAACCAAUCGGUCCUGGAGGCGAACAUCGCCACGGAGGUCUGUCUCACCGUGCUGGACACUCUCAGCAUCUUCAUCACGGGAUUCAAGGUACACUCCUAACUGCUGUUUCUGUUCAUUAAUAAUAAAGUGGUCAUGAACGUGUAAAAAACGUCACCUUCCUUACUUGUUAAGUGAUUUAUGUUAUCUAAGGAACUUGAAACUCCCUCUUCAGCUGUGUCUUACCGAUCACUGACAAGAACCCUCCUAUGUUGUUGGUGAUUUUAUUUGAUAUUCCACCCUUUUUCUACUUCUUACUUGAUGUUGCCUGUUAGUGUCAAUCCCUGGCUUUUGAAGUUGCUAACUGUCUGUACUUGUAUGUCCUCAGACCCAGCUCUGUUCUGACCAUGGCCACAACCCGCUCAUGAAGAAGGUGUUUGAGGUGCACCUCUGCUUCCUACAGAUUAACCAAUCAGAGACGGCCCUCAAGCAGGUCUUCACCUCGCUGCGCACCUUCAUCUACAAGGUGAGGAGGCCAUUGGUUCUUAACAGUUCACAGUAGUGAAGAGUUUUUCUCUCUGUCUCUUAAAUGUGCCGAGGAUUUGAUCAUCACUGUGUGUCUGUUUCCAGUUCCCCUGUACCUUCUUCGAGGGCCGUGCUGACAUGUGUGCUUCGUUCUGUUACGAGAUCCUGAAGUGCUGCAACUCCAAGCUGAGCUCCAUCCGCAGCGACGCCGCUCACCUCCUCUACUUCCUCAUGAAGAGUAACUUUGACUACACAGGACGCAAGUCCUUCGUUCGCACUCACCUACAGGUGAGAGAGAGAGAGAGAGAGAGAGAGAGAGAGAGAGAGAGAGAGAGAGAGAGAGAGAGAGAGAGAGAGAGAGAUUGAGAGAGUGGCGGAACGUCUCUAUGGAACUCUCCUAAAGAGUGGUUUGUUUGAUGGUUAUGGGAGUAGUUUGUUAUUGACGUGUGCAACUUCUGCCCUCUCGCUCAGGUGGUGAUCGCCGUCAGUCAGCUGAUCGCUGACGUCAUCGGUAUCGGAGGAACCCGCUUCCAGCAGUCCCUGUCCAUCAUCAACAACUGUGCCAACAGUGAUAAGACCAUCAAGGUCAGAACCCGAUGGGAUGCUCUAUUCUCAUUGGACCACAUGAAUAAUCUGGUGUUUACUCUUCCUGCUUUAUUGUCCUGUACAGAACACAGCCUUCCCGUCAGAUGUGAAGGACCUGACCAAGCGGAUCCGGACGGUCCUGAUGGCCACGGCUCAGAUGAAGGAGCAUGAGAGGGACCCGGAGAUGCUGGUGGACCUGCAGUACAGCCUGGCAAAGUCCUACGCCAGCACGCCCGAGCUCCGCAAGACUUGGCUGGACAGCAUGGCCCGCAUCCAUGUGAAGAAUAGAGACCUGUCCGAGGUCGGUACCAGGCUAGGGGUCAGAGUGUGAAGAAUGGAGACCUGUCCAAGGUCUGUACCAGGCUAGGGGUCAGUGUGAAGAAUGGAGACCUGUCUGAGGUCUGUACCAGGCUAGGGGUCAGUGUGAAGAAUUGAGACCUGUCCGAGGUCGGUACCAGGCUAGGGGUCAGUGUGAAGAAUUGAGACCUGUCCGAGGUCGGUACCAGGCUAGGGGUCAGGGUGUGAAGAAUUGAGACCUGUCCGAGGUCUGUACCAGGCUAGGGGUCAGAGUGUGAAGAAUGGAGGCCUGUCCGAGGUCGGCACCUGGCUAGAAGUCAGAGUGUCAAGAAUGCAAGAAUAGAGACCUGUCCGAGGUCUGUUCCAGGCUAGGGGUCAGAGUGUGAAGAACGGAGGCCUGUCCGAGGUCGGUACCUGGCUAGAAGUCAGAGUGUGAAGAAUGGAGACCUGUCCGAGGUCGGUACCAGGCUAGGGGUCAGAGUGUGAAGAACGGAGGCCUGUCCGAGGUCGGUACCUGGCUAGAAGUCAGGCUAGGGGUCGGGCUAGGGGUCCGAGUGUGAAGAAUGGAGGCCUGUCCGAGGUCGGUACCUGGCUAGGGGUCAGAGUGUCAAGAAUGCAAGAAUAGAGACCUGUCCGAGGUCUGUUCCAGGCUAGGGGUCAGAGUGUGAAGAAUGGAGGCCUGUCCGAGGUCUGUACCAGGCUAGGGGUCAGAGUGUGAAGAAUGGAGGCCUGUCCGAGGUCGGUACCUGGCUAGAAGUCAGGCUAGGGGUCGGGCUAGGGGUCCGAGUGUGAAGAAUAGAGACCUGUCCGAGGUCGGUACCUGGCUAGAAGUCAGGCUAGGGGUCGGGCUAGGGGUCAGAGUGUGAAGAAUGGAGACCUGUCCGAGGUCGGUACCAGGCUAGGGGUCAGAGUGUGAAGAAUGGAGACCUGUCUGAGGUCUGUACCAGGCUAGGGGUCAGAGUGUGAAGAAUGGAGGCCUGUCCGAGAUCGGUACAUGGCUAGGGGUCAGGCUAGGGGUCCGAGUGUCAAGAAUGGAGAUCUGUCCGAGGUCUGUUCCAGGCUAGGAGUCAGAAUGUCAAGAAUGGAGACCUGCCCGUGGUUGGUACCAGGCUAGGGUUCAGGCUAGGGGUCAGAGUUUGAAGAAAGGAGACCUGUUCAAGGUCGUUUCCAGGCUAGGGGUGAGGCUAGGGGUCACAGUGUAUACGUUUAAGAGGAUGGGCCUAUGCCAGAGGGAUGGGUGUUAUUUUGAGGUGUGGAUUAUGGUAGAAUCUCUAUAUGCGAUAUGAAUAUGUAAUAUGAUGAAUUCAAGUCAUGUGGCUAGCUAGUAAAACAUACUGAUGUAUCUGUGAUGUUCUCUGUUGUUCACAGGCAGCCAUGUGUUAUGUGCACGUGGCGGCACUGGUGGCCGAGUAUCUCCGGAGAAAAGGUACGUUUUCAGUCAGCAGUAUGUUGCUCAUCAUUGCCACUUGAUUGUGCCAUUUUCUCUUUUUUUAAGACAGGAGAACUUCACAAGGGGUUAAUGAAUGGGUCAGCGCAAUGUGAUUUUAAUGAAAUGAUUGGUAGUUAUUAGUUAGUAGUCCAAUAUUGUACUGUGCAUAGUGUACAUAUUUCUAUGUAAUCUGUCAUUCUUGCUACAUUCUGAUAAGGUCAGGGGUCGUCUGGUAUCAAAGCCUCUCAGAGUAGGAGUGCUGAUCUAGGAUCAGGUCCUCCUUGUCCUGAUCUAGGAUCAGGUCCUCCUUGUCCUGAUCUAGGAUCAGGUCCUCCUUGUCCUGAUCUAGGAUCAGGUCCUCCUUGUCCACUCGAUAUCUUAUUCAGUGUGAUCUAAAAGGCAAAACUGAAUCAGUACUCUGUGACGCUUGAUACAGGCAGCCCCAGAUCUGUGAUUUGGUUAUGUAACGUAGUGUGAUCUGUGUUUCAGUGUUGUUUACUUCUUAACACCAGAGGGAUAAUCGGUUCUGUGAAAGCAGGUCCACUCAUUGCAAACUAUAUGAGAGCUCAAGUCUCUAACUUUGACCUUUCGCCUGUUUGUACACGACAGAAUGUUCCGAGUGAAAUCAUAUUUUCCCCUUAAUGUAGAACCUGUCUUAACAGGCCGCAGAAAUAAGAAAACGUCUGUCUGUUUGGUUUACUGAUGGUGUUCCCAUCUGCUUAACGGUCCGUAGGCAUGUUCAAGCAGGGUUGCUCAGCCUUCCGGGUGGUCACCCCCAACAUUGAUGAGGAAGUAUCCAUGAUGGAGGAUGUGGGCAUGCAGGAUGUCCACUUCAAUGAGGUGAGAGACUAACAGCCAGCUGCUCUCUGCUGCUAGGUCAACUAAUGAGUUCUGGUGCUUGUUUCAAUGUCCUUUUUGGGCGGGCAUUCACAACUCUUGUAUCCCUUUCACACUAAGACGUUUUUUCCGCCAACUUUAUCAUAACGGCAAAGUUUUUCUGCCUUUUCUUUAUGUCUGAAAGGUAUUGCCGGUAUCAAAGCCAAAACGUUAUGUUUCCGCCUAACGACCUAGUAAUAAUUUCGGUAAAGUUCUGGCUACUGCUUAGUAUGAAACGUAGCCAUAAGGCGGCAUACGCUCUAAAACUCUUAAACGCGCAAGAUGGCGGUCAGUACAGAUGCAUUUGUUUAGUAGCUGAAGGAAUUAUUGGAUUUCCUCACCCAAAUAUGACCAUUCGGUCAUUUCUAAGGUCAUAAAACCCCAUAUGAAUAUGGUUUAGUUUGUUUACCAAAGUAAUUGAUUACUUUCUGCAAAUUAUUCACCUCUAAAACGAUUAAGUUAGCGACAACACUAGAUAGCCAGAUCAGCUAGCUAGCUCAAAAACUAGCUUGUCUACAUGGAAACUUCCACGACCAGAACCCAAAAAAACAGAAAUGGAGAAAUUGUCACGCUCGUCAGGGAGAGACCAAUGCGCAGCGUUGCAGGUGAACAUAUUUAUUAAUGAAUGAUCACGACAACAGACGAUAACGUGAUGUCUACGGUUUAACAAAAACCAACUAGAAACAAGAAACCACAAACACAAAGUGAAAGACAGACAGUUAAAUAUGGCUCCCAAUCAGAGACAACCAGCUGACACUCGUUGCCUCUGAUUGGGAGUCACUCAGGCCAACAUAGAAAUACAAACAUAGAAUUACACACCCUGGCUCAACAUAACAGUGUCCCCAGAGCCAGGGCGUGACAGAAAUGAUCAGAUGGACAAUUAACAGCAAAUAGAUGGUAUGGUCUUGGGUACUCCUCUUCAGAAUGUAACUGUGGGGGGAAUACUGCUGUGGGUGAUGAAAAUUUGGUGUGGCACGGACAACAAUGCUGACAACCUGCGCCCAUCCAGUCCCCAGCUCAGGCUGUUACCUUACGACCCUGACACUCCAGUCAAGCCCCCGGGGAAAAAGAUGAGAGGGCAAGAGGGUAUGUCACUUCUUGAGAUGCAAAACAAUACUGUGAUGCUUUUGACAGCAAAAAUAGAUGAAAGUGCAGAUUGCUUGGAGUACAUGGUUAGGAGGAAUACCAUGAAAACUGAGGCCAUAAAAAAAUCUGUUGACUUUAUCUCUGGAGAAGUGAAAACCCUCAAAAGUGACAUGAAGAAGGUGGAAGUUAUCUGCCAGGUAAAUGAAAAGAAGGUGGCUGAACUCGAGCAAAAGGUGAAUGAGGCGGAGAGAUACCAGCGCAGGUGGAACCUGAGGCUCCAUGGAAUUCCAGAGCAGGCGGGAGCUGUGGAGCUGUCAUUCCCGAAUCAAAAGCCAAACCUCAGGAAAAUGUGGACAUUGUUCAUCGUUUGGGAAGACUCAAGGAUCAAGACAAGAGACAGAGGACAACCAUCAUCCGGUUCACCAACAGAUCUACCACAGGAUCUUCUCUGGAGGCGAGCAAAGAACUGUGAGUUCCUCAUCAAGCAAAGAUUGAGGUUCACGGAGGAUCUGACCUCUGCGGACAAAGUGACCCGGGAGAAACUGUGGCCGAUGGUGGCUGCAGCUCGAAAGGCAGGGAAAACAUUAUGUUUUGGUCGGUGGAAGAGUGAUCAUCGAUGGGAAGGAAAUGCAGCCAAAUCAGAACAUUUGAGAGAGAGCCAGAGUCUAACUCGGACAGAACUGGUAGGCCUAAACACUGCCUAAUUUCCAGGUGAAAAGCAGCCUUUUAUUGUAAAGAAUUUACACAAAUACUUGAAUGAGAAAAGGCUGAACUGAGAACUGGUAAACUAAACACUAACUAUGGGUGAAUAAGGUCUACACAAUGUGUCCCCCUUGUGGGAAUAAGAAUAAUUUGGUAACUUUAUGGACAGUAUUUCUUUGUUUUUUUCUGUUGGAGGGGUUAACAAUGGGAUGGAAAUCCUUUUGAGUUACAUAUCCUUAGGAAAAGCUAUAUUAGCAUAACAAGGUUGUUGGUUGAAGUUUGUCUUUAUCUCUUUGUUCAAUUAAUGUCAGGGGUAUUUGUAAUUUACUCAAACGUAAGGCUAUUUUCCUGUAUUAUGCAGACUUUUACUUUCUACAAGAGACUCAUGCUUGUUCUUCCGAUCUAGCUUUUUGGCAAAAUCUAUGGGGUAACGAUAUCUGGUUAUCAUAUGGCAACAACCAGGAUAUCUGGUUAUCAUAUGGCAGCAACCAGGAUAUCUAGUUAUCAUAUGGCAGCAACCAGGAUAUCUGGUUAUCAUAUGGCAACAACUAGGAUAUCUGGUUAUCAUAUGGCAGCAACCAGGAUAUCUGGUUAUCAUAUGGCAGCAACCAGGAUAUCUGAUUAUCAUAUGGCAACAACUAGGAUAUCUGGUUGUCAAUUGGCAGCAACCAGGAUAUCUGGUUAUCAUAUGGCAGCAACCACUCUGCAAGUGUAGCAGUUUUAAGUGGCGCAUUUAAAGGGAAGGUCAUCAGUUGUAAGACUCACCACUCUGGACGUUGGUUAAUUUUAACAGUGAAUUUGAACAGCGAAUGUUUUUUAUUAGGGAAUAUCUAUGCAUCCAACAACAAACAAAACCCACAGGAUAUUAUUUCAAGAAUUUGAAGACCUGAUUAAUAGAGUUAAAGGUGUAUUUCAGGAUAACAAAAUUAUCUUAGGUGGAGAUUUUAAUUUUGUGUGAUUGACAGAUAUCCCCCUCCUAACAGAUCCAGCAUUGUUAAUCCUGAGUUUAAUCAUCUAUGUCUUGGUCUUGGAUUAUUCGAUAUUUGGAGAUCUAAAUAUCCUGAUCAAAAGGACUUCACUUGGUGUAACAAGGACAUGCCCAGACAGUCAAGAAAUGACUUCUGGUUGAUUUCUAAUUCAUUAGAUAACACAGUAGUCAAGCUAUCCAUUGAACCAUUAAUUCUUACUGAUCAUAAAGUUAUAUUCUUAUCUUUAAAUAUGAAUGGCUCUGAAGUUAAUAAACCGAAUCUGAGUUAUUGGAAACUCAAUAGUAGAUUGUUGGAAGAUGAUCAUUUCAAGAUGGAUGCCAAAGAUAUUAUACAAGAAAAUUGGAGGAAAGCCCAGCUAUUUAAGUCAUGGGAAAUAUUGGGAAUGAAUGAAGUAUGAAAUAAGACAAACAGCCAUGAAGAGAGGUUAAAGAAAUUGCUGAAUUUAAAAGAUUGAGGGAAGAGAAACUUGUUAAGGAAAUACUUUCUCUAAUCUCUAUGGAGGACCUUGAUGAAGGAGGAAAUGGUCCGUUAUUUUUUUUACAACUAGAACUGGAAUGACUGUAUGAAGAGAGAGCAAAAUGGGAAUUUGUAAGAUCAAGAAGGAGAUGGUUGGAGGAAGGUGAAAAAAAAACAUUUAGAGAUAAAAAAAAAAAUCUGAAUUGACCUCUAUUCAUAAGCUUAAGAUAGAUGGCAAAGAAAAUGAAAAUCCCAAAGAUAUUUCAAAAUUUGUUUCAGAAUUCUAUGUUAAUCUUUACACCAGUAAUGCCUGUCCUGCUAGUGACAUGUCUGCCUUUCUAGACUCUGUCAAAGACUGUGCAAAAUUCAUAGAUGAAGACUUCCAAAUGUCUUGUGAUGAAUUUAUUUAUAUCAAUGAAAUAACAAAAAUUAUCAGCAGGUUAAAAGAGAACAAAUCUCCAGAGAAUGAUGGCCUUAUUAGUGAAUUCUAUCAAUAUUUUAUGUUUUUAAGGAGGCCAUUGAUUUAGGGGUCCUGCCUGUUUCUAUAACACAAGGCCUAAUUUCUGUAAUCCCCAAACCAAACAAAGAUCCUAUGAUGUUAGAAAAUUGGAGACCAAUCACAUUAACGAACAAUGAUGGAAAGCUACUUGCAUCCAUCUUUGCAGAAAUACUUAAAAAAGGUCUUGACCAAAUCAUUAAUGAUACCCAGCCUGGUUUUAUGAUGGGCAGACAGAUAUGUAAUAAUAUUCGACUAGUAUUGGACUUGAUAGACUACAAUGAACACAUUAUGGAAGAUAGCUUUAUUUUAUUUGUAGACUUUUACAAGGCUUUUGAUACAGUUGAACAAUAUUUCCACUUUACUAUAAUAGGAACAGCUCUGUUAAAUUAUCCCAUGGAACUUCAUAUCCCAUGGAACUUCACAGAGAUUCGAUAUUAGACGUGGAAUUAUACAAGGAUGCCCAAUUUCUCCUUUCUUAUUUGUAUUGUUCACACAAGUAAUGGCAGUUCAUAUCAAUAAGGAUAGUUUUAGGGGUAUUCAGAUACAAGAUAAAGAUAUCAAAUGUUCACAAUUGGCUGACGACACCACCAUUGUUUUUGAAAGAUCAUAAUGAAGUCAGCAAAGCUAUUGAGUGUGUUAAUGCCUUCUCACAUGUAUCUGGUUUAUCUCUGAAUAUUAGGAAAUGUGAAUUAUUUGCGUUGAAAAGACGUGUACUGGACGUGUACUUUUGUCAAAAUCUGAAGGUCUGUCCAGAUUAGUUUAUACCUCCCUUUCCUUGGAUGUUCCUCUAUCAGUAACUAAAAUGGUUGAUACUAAAUUAUUGAACUUCAUAUGAAGGAAUAAAUCUCAUUAUUUAAGAAAAGCAGUAAUAUGUAGCACCCAAAGUGAGGGAGGGUUGGUUGAAUGCUCUGGAUUUUAAAACCUCUAAUAUAAUCUUUAAGAUCAAAUGGAUACAAAACUAAGAAAUAAGGAUUGCAUUUGGAAUAUAAACCCGUAAUUUAAUAUUCCAGCAGAUUGGUGGUCUAGAAUUCUCACUCAAAUGCAACUUUGAUGUGGUUAAGAUCCCUAUUAAGCUUGCUAACUUUCAUAAACAAGUACUUCUAACUUGGAACCUCAUAUACAAACAUAAUUUUUCCCCCACAUAGAUAUACAAUCUGGAAUAAUAAAGACAUCAAAUACAAAAACAAGUCUUUGUUUUUCCAGAACUGGUUUGACAACAGCAUUAUCUGGGUUAAACAAUUAUUGAAUAAUGAUGGUUAACUAUAUGAUUAUCCAGAAUUCAUGAAAACACACAAUGUUACAUUCACUCCUGAGGAGUUUCAAAUAGUUGUUAAAGCUAAAAAUGCUAUUCUUUUUUUAGGAGAAUAUAACAGUACGCCAAGUGCAACUGAUGAGGAUUUUGUAGCCUCAAUACAGCUAGAAGGAAUUUACAUUUUAAAACUAUAAAUGCAAUAACAUGUACAGUCGUGGUCAAAAGUUUUGAGAAUGACACAAAUAUAAAUGUUCUCAAAAGUCUGCUGCCUCAGUUUUGAUGAUGGCAAUUUGCAUAUACUCCAGAAUGUCAUGAAGAGUGAUCAGAUGAAUUGCAAUUAAUUGCAAAGUCCCUCUUUGCCAUGAAAAUGAACUUAAUCCCAAAUAAACAUUUCCACUGCAUUUCAGCCCUGCCACAAAAGGACCAGCUGCCAUCAUGUCAGUGAUUCUCUCGUUAACACAGGUGAGAGUGUUGACGAGUACAAGGCUGGAGAUCACUCUGUCAUGCUGAUUGAGUUAGAAUAACAGACUAGAAGCUUUAAAAGGAGGGUGGUGCCUGAAAUCAUUGUUCUUCCUCUGUUAACUAUGGUUACCUGCAAGGAAACAUGUGCCGUCAUCAUUGCUUUGCACAAAAAGGGCUUCACAGGCAAGGAUAUUGCUGCUAGUAAGAUUGCACCUAAAUCAACCAUUUAUCGGAUCAUCAAGAACUUCAAGGAGAGAGGUUCAAUUGUUGUGAAGAAGGCGCCAGGGCGCCCAAGAAAGUCCAGCAAGCGCCAGGACCGUCUCCUAAAGUUGAUUCAGCUGCGGGACAGACUGAUAUUCUGCAAAAGGUACAGGGAUAGGACUGCUGAGGACUGGGGUAAAGUCAUUUUCUCUGAUGAAUCCCCUUUCCGAUUGUUUGAGGCAUCCGUAAAACACCUUGUCCAGAGAAGACAAGGUGAACGCUACCAUUAGUCCUGUGUCAUGCCAACAGUAAAGCAUCCUGAGACCAUUCAUGUGUGGGGUUGCUUCUCAGCCAAGGGAGUGGGCUCACUCACAAUUUUGCUUAAGAACACAGCCAUGAAUAAAGAAUGGUACCAACACAUCCUCCGAGAGCAACUUCUCCCAACCAUCCAAGAACAGUUUGGUGACGACCAAUGCCUUUUACAGCAUGAUGGAGCACCUUGCCAUAAGGCAAAAGUGAUUAUUAAGUGGCUCGGGGAACAAAACAUAGACAUUUUGGGUCCAUGGCCAGGAAACUGAUGGCUGAAAUGCAGUGGAAAUGUUUAUUUGGGAUUAAGUUCAUUUUCAUGGCAAAGAGGGACUUUGCAAUUAAUUGCAAUUCAUCUGAUCACUCUUCAUGACAUUCUGGAGUAUAUGCAAAUUGCCAUCAUCAAAACUGAGGCAGCAGACUUUGUGAGAAUUAGUAUUUGUGUCAUUCUCAAAUCGUUUGACCACGACUGUAUUUUGUGGUUGUGACCCAGAGACUCUUGACCAUUUAUUUUGGGACUGUUCUUAUGGCAGAAGAUUUUGGAGUGAGUAAUAAUAUUUUAUUUUAAAAUAAACUACUAUUAAUGUUAAUUUGAAAGACUCUGAUAUUAUGUUUUAUUUUGAUCCAAAUGAUAUGGACCCUGAUUUAACUUUCAUUGUUAAUUUGUUUAAUUUUCAUGGAAGAUUCUUUAUCCAUAAAAUAUUAUUUAAAAAUGUGUAAAAACAAAAAAGCAAUAUGUACCAUAAAACCUUUUGACAAAUUGAAAAUAUAUCUCGAUAUGUAAUACACCCGUCUGUGAGGUUUAUGUACUCUUGUUUGUAUAGUUCUGUUUUUGUAUUUGUUUUAUUGUUCAUAAUAAUAAUAAUAAAAUGAAGUAACGUUAGCCGGGUAACGCUAGCUACCCAGGUAAUGCAGUAACGUUAGCCGGGUAACGCUAGCUACCCAGGUAAUGCAGUAACGUUAGCCGGGUAACGCUAGCUACCCAGGUAAUGCAGUAAUGUUAGCCGGGUAACGCUAGCUACCCAGGUAAUGCAGUAACGUUAGCCGGGUAACGCUAGCUACCCAGGUAAUGCAGUAACGUUAGCCGGGUAACGCUAGCUACCCAGGUAAUGCAACCCAACUUUGUUCAGUUGUUGUUGAGUUUGUUCUAUUGGCAUCCAAACUUAAUGAUAAAUUAAACGUCUUCGCUUGAACAUUACUAUUUUUAUGUUCCUGUCGCACAAAUGCCUAAUUCCUUUCUCUGUGCUGCCAACACUGUAGCUCAACCCAGACUGUAAACACACCUGCUAUGUGCCUGAAUAUUAUUAGGGGGCGUGUACUUCCAGGUAUGAACAUAUAUAUAUAUAUAUAUAUAUAUAUAUAUAUAUAUAUAUUUAUACACUACCAGUCAAAAGUUUGGACACACCUACACAUUCAAGGGUUUUUCUUUAUUUUUACAAUUUUUUUACAUUGUAGAAUAAUGGUGAAGACAUCAAAACUAUGAAAUAACACAUAUGGAAUCAUGUAGUAAACAAAAAAAGUGUUAAACAAAUCAAAAUAUAUUUGAGAUUCGUCAAAUAGCCACCCUUUGCCUUGAUGACAGCUUUGCAAACUCUUGGCAAAUUAUUAGGUGAGGCACAUGGGCUACUAACAGCUUACUACACAACAAACACUUAGUAUUCUUAGUUACAGUAUACAUAUCUCCUAAUUACAUAAUUUAUGCAGAAGCAUACAAUACAUUUUUGGACUCACCUUGUUGUGCUGUGCUCACUUGAACAGGAAGGUGGCACGGCGGUCCUUCGUGGGCAAACUUUGUCAUCAAACUUUGUCAUCAAAGUCUGGCAUUCUUUGGAUUUAUGGUGCUUUCAAGACAACUGGGAACUCUGGAAAAAACAAGGUUGAAUCAUGAUGACGUCAGUGAUCUUCAGGUCGUAGCUCUAGAAAGAGUCCCGAGUUCCCGACUUACAAUUCCGAGUUGGAUGACCAUUCAAAACUAUUUUCCCAGUCGGAGUUAGUUUUUUCCCGAGUUCCCAGUUGUCUUGAACUCACUGAAGUCAGAUUUCCCAGUUCCGAGUUAACAGUUGUUUUGAGCGUGGCAGAAAUCCUUCUGGAUUGACAGCAUGGCCAAUGCUGAAUGUAUCAUUUUAAGCUUGGAAAAGAGACCGUUAAACCAAGACAUGGGACCACACCCCCACUCCACUGACUAACAGGCUAGUGAUUGCUUUGCAAUGCUUGCAGUUAGCCUUUGAUUCCUUCCAAACCACUCAUAGUUGAAUUUGCGAUUUCCAACUUGUUGUGUAAUGUUUAUGUCCAAUGGCCAAUGAGCACCGAUAAGUUUUAUCUAUAAUUUCUCUUAAUUUCUUCUCUUCAUAUGACAAGGAUUAAAAAGGAUUUGCCAGUAGAUUGUCGACUUGAUUCAUGAUCAUGACUGCUAGCUAAAGUAUGAUGUUGACAUGAUCAGUCCAAUCAAAGCUACUGUAGAUAUAACGUGAUUUGACGUCAUUUCAUCUGUGGCCAAUGACUUUCAGCCUUCUUGGAUGGGCACUUCUAAUGUAACUCUAUGGAAGCACCCAAGGGGCUUGAAUCUUCAAGCUCUACCCUUAGAUUUGGCGGUGACGUAGUGUCCCCAUGAGUGACAGAACACUGAGCCAAUCACGGCGCAACUAGGGAACAUUACCAAGCCCUACGCCCCGUAUUUUCCGCUCUGCUGCCCCACAACCACAGAAAGCACUGAGCUAGGCUGAAACACCUGCAUUUUGGAGCUGCCUUACUCAAGAAAGCAAAAAAGAGACCAUGUUUGUAUGCAGCUUUAUUAACUCAAUGAUUUUUUGAUUUUUUUUUAACGUUGUUUGCAAACUGAUAUGUGACACGUAUUAAUGCCAAAAUAACAUGGUAUGAAUGACGGGUCGCCACUGUAUUUCAUUAUAUUCUUACUAUAAAAUAUAUUUGUGUUGACUGUGAUCGGGUAGAUGUGUCUUGUCUGUUUAAUGAAGAAGAUAACGAACUAUUGAUUUCAUUAGGGUGGCGCUGCCAUGGCUGCACAGACCCCUAACAUACGCCUAAUUAAACUCGAAAUAUGGUAUUCUAUUAUUUUGAAAAUAAAUUGUAUUUGUCUUAUAAUGCUUCUUAGGACCAGCCUAAACAAGUAAAUUAUGGAUUUAUUUUUGAUGGCUUACAUUCUCAAUGGAUUUAUUAAAAACAGAUCCCCACCUACAUCUGCACACCACUAUUAGCACUCGUCCCCAGCACGGGACGUAUACAAGGCGUAUGCAUGCAAGAAUGUGGUAAAAAUGGGCCUGUUUGUAAAGGGGUCAUAUAAACAUUGCCCAAAUGAUUUUUACAGGCAAAAUACUGUAAAUCCUAUGGGAAAGCAAUACUAGCUUAUUUUAUGCUCAGUUUAUCUCCUUGGCUUUAUCUCCAGCACUCCUGCUGCUAAAUUGUGGAGUUUGCAAUCUCUUGGGAGAUAACCAGGCAUCUACCUUGUAGAGAUGUUAUCAGUGAAUCAGCUCUGCUCCACACUAUCCAACAACGUGGUAAAACAAAAAACGCUCACAGAACAAACAUGCAACCAAUUCGCGUCUAAUUCUAUGCUUGAAUUCAGUACAAAGAAAUGGCACAGCAUAGCGUCUCAGCUCAAACGCCUUUAAAGAGGCCGUGUGGAACAAGUUUGCUUUUAAAUCCCAUUUUCAUAUCCUGUUCACCAUAUCCUCAUUAUACACAAUGUCAGUGGAGUUCUACAACUCUUCAUGUGUCGUGUUGCAUCAAGGACAAUAGCUCUCUAGUAUUCAAAACUCAUCUAGUACUUUUUUCUUUGCACUAACCUUCAUAAAAGCUUUGAAAUGAAGCCCUCGUGUGUGCCGUCCAUAGUCAGAUCAUAUUAGUGCGGACACGGUAUGACAGCAGUGUUUUAUAGUGUUUUAUCUGUCCCUCCCUUCCUCCCAUACAGGAUGUCCUGAUGGAGCUGUUGGAGGAGUGUGCUGAUGGCCUGUGGAAGGCUGAGCGCUAUGAGCUCAUCUCAGACAUCUACAAGCUCGUCGUCCCCAUCUACGAACAGGGGAGGGACUUUGAGGUACAGCAGCAGACCUGCACACUCUGAUGUCAAUGUCUAUGUCAUGGGGCUUAACUCCCUCUGAUGUCACUGUCUAUGUCAUGGGGCUCAACUCCCUCUGAUGUCACUGUCUAUGUCAUGGGGCUCAACUCCCUCUGAUGUCACUGUCUAUGUCAUGGAGCUUAACUCCCUCUGAUGUCACUGUCUAUGUCAUGGGGCUCAACUCCCUCUGAUGUCACUGUCUAUGUCAUGGGGCUUAACUCCCUCUGAUGUCACUGUCUAUGUCAUGGGGCUCAACUCCCUCUGAUGUCACUGUCUAUGUCAUGGGGCUCAACUCCCUCUGAUGUCACUGUCUAUGUCAUGGGGCUCAACUCCCUCUGAUGUCACUGUCUAUGUCAUGGGGCUCAACUCCCUCUGAUGUCACUGUCUAUGUCAUGGGGCUCAACUCCCUCUGAUGUCACUGUCUAUGUCAUGGGGCCCAACUCCCUCUGAUGUCAAUGUCUAUGUCAUGGGGCUCAACUCCCUCUGAUGUCACUGUCUAUGUCAUGGGGCUCAACUCCCUCUGAUGUCACUGUCUAUGUCAUGGGGCCCAACUCCCUCUGAUGUCAAUGUCUAUGUCAUGGGGCUUAACUCCCUCUGAUGUCACUGUCUAUGUCAUGGGGCUCAACUCCCUCUGAUACUAACUGUAAGUCGCUCUGGAUAAGAGCGUCUGCUAAAUGACUAAAAUGUAAAUGUAAAUGUAACUGUCUAUGUCAUGGAGCCUAACUCCCUCUGAUGUAACUGUCUAUGUCAUGGGGCUUAACUCCCUCUGAUGUCACUGUCUAUGUCAUGGGGCUCAACUCCCUCUGAUGUCACUGUCUAUGUCAUGGGGCCCAACUCCCUCUGAUGUCAAUGUCUAUGUCAUGGGGCUUAACUCCCUCUGAUGUCACUGUCUAUGUCAUGGGGCUCAACUCCCUCUGAUGUCACUGUCUAUGUCAUGGGGCUUAACUCCCUCUGAUGUCACUGUCUAUGUCAUGGGGCUCAACUCCCUCUGAUGUCACUGUCUAUGUCAUGGGGCUUAACUCCCUCUGAUGUAACUGUCUAUGUCAUGGGGCUCAACUCCCUCUGAUGUCACUGUCUAUGUCAUGGGGCUCAACUCCCUCUGAUGUCACUGUCUAUGUCAUGGGGCUUAACUCCCUCUGAUGUCACUGUCUAUGUCAUGGGGCUUAACUCCCUCUGAUGUCACUGUCUAUGUCAUGGAGCCCAACUCCCUCUGAUGUCACUGUCUAUGUCAUGGGGCUCAACUCCCUCUGAUGUAACUGUCUAUGUCAUGGGGCUUAACUCCCUCUGAUGUAACUGUCUAUGUCAUGGAGCCUAACUCCCUCUGAUGUCACUGUCUAUGGCAUGGGGCUUAACUCCCUCUGAUGUAACUGUCUAUGUCAUGGAGCCUAACUCCCUCUGAUGUCACUGUCUAUGGCAUGGGGCUUAACUCCCUCUGAUGUCACUGUCUAUGUCAUGGAGCCCAACUCCCUCUGAUGUCACUGUCUAUGUCAUGGAGCCUAACUCCCUCUGAUGUCACUGUCUAUGUCAUGGAGCCUAACUCCCUCUGAUGUCACUGUCUAUGUCAUGGAGCCCAACUCCCUCUGAUGUCACUGUCUAUGUCAUGGAGCCUAACUCCCUCUGAUGUAACUGUCUAUGUCAUGGGGCUCAACUCCCUCUGAUGUCAAUGUCUAUGUCAUGGGGCUCAACUCCCUCUGAUGUCACUGUCUAUGUCAUGGGGCUCAACUCCCUCUGAUGUAACUGUCUAUGUCAUGGGGCUUAACUCCCUCUGAUGUCAAUGUCUAUGUCAUGGGGCUUAACUCCCUCUGAUGUCACUGUCUAUGUCAUGGGGCUCAACUCCCUCUGAUGUCACUGUCUAUGUCAUGGGGCUCAACUCCCUCUGAUGUCACUGUCUAUGUCAUGGGGCUCAACUCCCUCUGAUGUAACUGUCUAUGUCAUGGGGCCCAACUCCCUCUGAUGUAACUGUCUAUGUCAUGGGGCUUAACUCCCUCUGAUGUCACUGUCUAUGUCAUGGGGCUCAACUCCCUCUGAUGUAACUGUCUAUGUCAUGGAGCUCAACUCCCUCUGAUGUCACUGUCUAUGUCAUGGGGCUUAACUCCCUCUGAUGUCAAUGUCUAUGUCAUGGGGCUUAACUCCCUCUGAUGUCACUGUCUAUGUCAUGGGGCUCAACUCCCUCUUAUGUCACUGUCUAUGUCAUGGGGCUCAACUCCCUCUGAUGUCACUGUCUAUGUCAUGGGGCUCAACUCCCUCUGAUGUAACUGUCUAUGUCAUGGGGCCCAACUCCCUCUGAUGUAACUGUCUAUGUCAUGGGGCUUAACUCCCUCUGAUGUCACUGUCUAUGUCAUGGGGCUUAACUCCCUCUGAUGUAACUGUCUAUGUCAUGGGGCUCAACUCCCUCUGAUGUAACUGUCUAUGUCAUGGAGCUCAACUCCCUCUGAUGUCACUGUCUAUGUCAUGGAGCCCAACUCCCUCUGAUGUCACUGUCUAUGUCAUGGAGCCCAACUCCCUCUGAUGUCACUGUCUAUGUCAUGGAGCUCAACUCCCUCUGAUGUAACUGUCUAUGUCAUGGAGCCCAACUCCCUCUGAUGUCACUGUCUAUGUCAUGGAGCCCAACUCCCUCUGAUGUCACUGUCUAUGUCAUGGAGCCCAACUCCCUCUGAUGUAACUGUCUAUGUCAUGGGGCUUAACUCCCUCUGAUGUCACUGUCUAUGUCAUGGGGCUUAACUCCCUCUGAUGUAACUGUCUAUGUCAUGGGGCUCAACUCCCUCUGAUGUAACUGUCUAUGUCAUGGAUCUCAACUCCCUCUGAUGUCACUGUCUAUGUCAUGGAGCCCAACUCCCUCUGAUGUCACUGUCUAUGUCAUGGAGCCCAACUCCCUCUGAUGUCACUGUCUAUGUCAUGGAGCUCAACUCCCUCUGAUGUAACUGUCUAUGUCAUGGAGCCCAACUCCCUCUGAUGUCACUGUCUAUGUCAUGGAGCCCAACUCCCUCUGAUGUCACUGUCUAUGUCAUGGAGCCCAACUCCCUCUGAUGUCACUGUCUAUGUCAUGGAGCCCAACUCCCUCUAAUGUCACUGUCUAUAUGGAUAAAGACACAGAUUCUUAACAAUGUGUUUGUGUGUUUCUCAUUUCCAUAGAAACUGUCUCAGCUGUAUGACACACUCCAUCGUGCCUACAGCAAAGUGACCGAGGUCAUGCACACGGGCAAGAGGCUGCUGGGAACCUACUUCAGAGUGGCUUUCUUUGGCCAGGUGAGCUAAUGAUUGAAAUCUGACGGUAGGCUGUCGUACCACAAAAACAAUGCAAUGGAGAUCAAACAAGUUGUUUCCCUUUCCCACUAUACUAUUGCUUUGCUCUUUCCAGUACAUUAUACAGGUAUUUAGAUAUUGUACAAAUUAUAUUUUCACUGUAUUUUUUAAGAUUAAUCCAGGCACAAAUAGCAAAAUUAAUUUGGAACACGUCUCCCAAGUGCCCUAUAUCAAAACAGUGAACAUCUUGAUUUGAGCAUGGGAGCUGCUGGAAGUGUUUUAAUUGAUAAAAGCCUGACCACGUCACGUGGUGUUUUAUUACCCAUUCUAAUACUUAUUUUCUGCUUUUUAUCCUCUGUAAAGGCAGCGGUAAGUUCUGCAGUAGGCUCUGCUCGCUUUCCUGAGCAGCCUAAAUCUGUGUGGUGUGCAGCUGCUGUAAUCCAUGACAUGUUUCAGCCACCAGUGUGCAGCUGCUAUAAUCCAUGACAUGUUUCAGCCACCAGUGUGCAGCUGCUAUAAUCCAUGACAUGUUUCAGCCACCAGUGUGCAGCUGCUAUAAUCCAUGACAUGUUUCAGCCACUAGUGUGCAGCUGCUAUAAUCCAUGACAUGUUUCAGCCACUAGUGUGCUGCUUAAAGCUCUUAGCAGUUACAUUAACUCACCACUACCUUCCACCGACUUGUUUUAUUAAUUUUUUUGCAACAGCAAUGCAUGUUGCUGAUUCAAUGGAGUAAUCCACUGAAUUUGGCUUUCUUGCUUCCAUUUUUAGAUGUUAUUUUCACAUAAGUCUUCUUACACCUAGGUUCUUCGUCGUCUUUCAGUGUGUUAACUCUUUUUGUUUUCGCAGUAGUUGCUUUUGACAGUUUGCUUUGUUGGAGUGGAUAACCUUCCCAGAACCAUGUUCCUACUGACCCAGUGUUAUUUCUGUAUGUGGUGUUAUGGUGUGAAACUCUUAUCUGCUAUAGUUGUAGUCUGGGUAGUGUUGGAAUAACUAUGAUUUUUGUUUUCUGUUGCUCCAUCUACCACUCCGUAGCAGUACCAGUUUACUGACUCUGAGACUGAGGUAAAUGAAUGAGAAUAGUCAAUAACGUGAUAAAUGCACUGCAUCAGAGCUUAAGGCUUGCAAUGUGGCCCGGUUAGUACAGUCGGUGGGAUUACUGCUAUGUGUCUUAUCUUCGCUCCAUUACUUCCUCCUAGCUUAUUUUAUCCAUCUCAGCAGUCUCUACUACUGCCUGGCUCAGUGUUGCCCUGACAACAAGAGGCCAUAUUAGUCAAGGUUCAAUGGUAGGAUUCCAAUCUCUUACUGGGUAAAUGUAUCCAGUCACCUGUCUGCUGAUGGUCACCACCCCAUUCAUCUACAGUGUUAAGGGACUUGUUUUUUUUAUUAUUGAUAGAGUGAAAUUCAAUCCCCUGCAUUCAUCCUUUUUAUUUAUCCCAUAGCACUGAUCCUAGACCAGUUUUGUUGAUUGUUUCUGUGCUUUUGGGGAAUAAGUAUUUUGGGAAUAUUUAUUGCUCUUCGGUUCAGGAUUUGAAAUUGUGUCUCCCUUCAUGCACAGACAAGUUUGUCAACACGCCAUAGUGCCUUAGCUGCUCACUGACGUGUUGUUGUGCUCAUUGUUUUAGCUCUUCAUACUGCCUUUUGAUGUCAUUGUUACAUGAAUACCUUCACAUUUGGGUUUUCAUGUUGUUUUCCUAUACUCUAGCACUGUAUGUACUGUAACCAUAGUGUGUAUUGUUGGCUCCCCCCUAGGGAUUUUUUGAGGAUGAAGAUGGUAAGGAGUACAUCUACAAAGAACCCAAAUUCACCCCACUGUCAGAGAUAUCUCAGAGGCUACUCAAGCUCUACUCUGACAAGUUUGGCCCGGAGAAUGUCAAGAUGAUUCAGGACUCUGGGAGGGUAAAAGUCCAACUUUACUCUUAGUAUUUUACCAUUUAUUUGGGGUUUCCAUGGUUCUGAUUGGUCAUUCAAAGUUAUGCGUCCCAUCCAGAUCAACCCUAAAGAUCUGGACUCUAAGUACGCCUACAUCCAGGUGACCCACGUCACCCCGUUCCUGGAAGAGAAGGAGCUGGUGGACAGGAAGACAGACUUUGAGAAGAGCCACAACAUCCGGCGCUUUGUCUUCGAGAUGCCCUUCACCGUGUCGGGGAAGAAGCAGGGAGGCGUGGAGGAGCAGUACAAACGCAGGACCAUCCUCACCAGUAGGUUCUACAGUACUUCAUGUGAAUAACAGGGUCAAUGUGUUCAUAGUAGAGACCCUUAGCUAGACUUCUCCUUCUGAUUUGAUGUUCAUGGAUGUAUAGAAGGUCUGACAAAAUCUGUGAAUAUAAGAAAUAAGAUAUGAUUUCCCCUUAAGAGACACAGAUUGGGACACACCUCUAGAUGACUCAUCUCACUGAAAACAAUGAGACACAAAUAUCAGACAGGUUCCUUAUCACUCAAACUAGCAUGACCCGUGCACACUGCUUAGAACACUUCCUACGAGUAGCUGGAAAAGGGGGAUGUGUCUACAGAUAUGUAUAGUCCAUGGAGCAGACAACCGUAUUAAUACCCGUCAGUCAACACAGAUCCACUCACAUGGGAAUACUGAUGUUAAACAUGUCAUGGUAUCUACAGUAUUUACUCAGACAAGCACCUCAUUCCCAUGGGAAUACCUUUGCUAGUGCCCGACAUACCUGUAUCUUUCUAGCUGUCAUAUUAGGAAGGGUCCUGUGUAAUUAUGGAAAGAUUUGAUUAGGUUCUGAGUAUGUCUGCUCUUUUGUUUAGAAUCUUUCUUCUUCAUCCUAAUUGGUUGUGUUUUAUUGUUUUACAGUGUGAAAUAUCCCAUAGUACAACCUUUAUCUUCAUUAACUGAUAAGGAUGCCUUACCUCAAAGGUCUUUAGUGAGUGAAUGAGUCUCACACUAUAAAACUGCUUGGAACGCACAUCUGUCUGAACACCUAAGAAACGCACGUGUGGGUGAGGAGUUGUUGUGGGCCAAAUAGGGUGACGUAAGAGAAACCACGUUAUGUAUCCAUUCUCAAUCUCUAUCUCUCUCUCUCUCUCUCAAUCUCUCUAUCUCUCUCUCUCUCUCUCUCUCUCUCUCAAUCUCUCUAUCUCUCUCUCUCUCUCUCUCUCUCUCUCUCUCUCGCUCUCUCUCUCUCUCUCUCUCUCUCUCUCUCUCUCUCUCUCUCUCUCUCUCUCUCUCUCUAUCUCUCUCUCUCAUAGCAACCCACUGUUUCCCCUAUGUGAAGAAGCGUAUUGCGGUGAUGUACCAGCACCACACAGACCUGAACCCCAUAGAGGUGGCUAUAGACGAGAUGAGCAAGAGGUUGACUGAGCUGAGACAGCUGGUUUCCACCAGCGAGGUUGACAUGAUCCGCCUGCAGCUCAAGCUACAGGGAAGCAUCAGUGUCCAGGUGCAGGCCUCUGUCCUCACAAAGCACAUCCUCUGUCCUCACAAAGCACAUCCUCUGUCCUCACAAAGCACAUCCUCUGUCCUCACAAACCACAUCCUCUGUCCUCACAAACCACAUCCUCUGUCCUCACAAACCACAUCCUCUGUCCUCACAAACCACAUCCUCUGUCCUCACAAACCACAUCCUCUGUCCUCACAAACCACAUCCUCUGUCCUCACAAACCACAUCCUCUGUCCUCACAAACCACAUCCUCUGUCCUCACAAACCACAUCCUCUGUCCUCACAAACCACAUCCUCUGUCCUCACAAACCACAUCCUCUGUCCUCACAAACCACAGCCUCUGUCCUCACAAACCACAUCCUCUGUCCUCACAAACCACAUCCUCUGUCCUCACAAACCACAUCCUCUGUCCUCACAAACCACAUCCUCUGUCCUCACAAACCACAUCCUCUGUCCUCACAAACAACAUCCUCUGUCCUCACAAACCACAUCCUCUGUCCUCAUAAACCACAUCCUCUGUCCUCACAAACCACAUCCUCUGUCCUCACAAACCACAUCCUCUGUCCUCACAAACCACAUCCUCUGUCCUCAUAAAGCACAUAUUCUGUCCUCACAAACCACAGACACACACACACUUCCUCAUUUUACCCAUUCACCUAUUUUAUUCGAUAGAUGUUCUAUAUGGUAAAGACAUCCCUCAACUUGUUCUAUAUGGUAAAGACAUCCCUCAACUUCCGAACCUCAACAUUUUCCUUUCAUCUUUAGGUAAAUGCUGGUCCCCUUGCAUAUGCCCGAGCUUUCCUGGAUGAUGCCAGCACCAAUAAGUACCCUGACAACGAGGUCAAACAACUUAAAGAGGUCUUCAGGUGAGUUAUACACAUAGUUAAAUAGGAUAGGCCUUGACUAGAAUAUACAUAUGAAGUGGGUAAAACAGUAUGUAAACAUUAUUAAAGUGACCAGUGUUCAAUGACUAAAAUACAGUAUAUACAUAUGAAGUGGGUAAAACAGUAUCUAAACAUUAUUAAAGUCACCAGUGUUCCAUUAUUAAAGUCACCAGUGUUCCAUUAUUAAAGUCACCAGUGUUCCAUGUCUAUGUAUGUAGGGCUGCAGUCUCUAAGCUGCAGGGUUGAGUAACCUGGUGGUAGCCAUCUAGUGACCGUGACUAAAGUUCAGGGCAGGCUACUGGGCAGGGGCCGGCUAGUGGUGACUAUUUAACAGUCUGAUGGCCUUGAGACAGAAGCUGUUUCUCAGUCUCUCGGCCCAAGCUUUGAUGCACCUGUACUGACCCUGCCUUCUGGAUGGUAGUGGAGGUGAACAGGCCGUGGCUCGGGUGGCUGAUUAUGUAUGACACUGGCCUUUUGCGGAGCAGGCAGUUUGUGGAGGCGUGUGGCCAUGGCCUGGUCAUCAACGAGCGGCUGAUCAAAGAGGACCAGCAGGAGUACCAUGACGAGAUGAAGGCCAGCUACAGAGACCUGGCCAGAGAGCUGUCCGCCAUCAUGCACGAACCAGUAAGCAUGAGCUACCUGCUAGCGUAACAAACAUUGGGAUCCAUCAUCAUUGUUUGUACAUCAGCGAUUUUCGAUAAUUUGUACAUUUUAGAAGAAUCUGUUGUGUUUUCUUUAUUGCAAUACUGGUAAAAACAGUUUAAUUGGAGUAUUAUUAUGAAAUUAACAGUUAUUAUUAGUAAGGCAUUGGGAUUUCAUAGUACAUUUAUAAUAUUUCAUGCUAUUGUGAUAUUUGAUAACCCCCUUUUCCUUCUGUUUUUCCUUUGUGCUGACAUGAGCAGAUUGGAUGGUAAAACAUAUUUGGCAUGGGCUUCAUUACGUGUGAUUCAUCCUUACUAAGUUGUCUGAAAUAAUCAGUAGUUCCUUUAGCAUAAUCUUGAACACCCUCCGUUGCUCCUUUCCAGAUCAAUCCAGUGGAGGAUGGCAUGAAGAGCGUUCUUCCAGACUCACUGCACAUCUUCAACGUCAUCAGUGGUACCCCCAGCGGUGCCACCGUCGUGGGCAUGCCCAACUCCUCCUCUGUGGUGUGAGACCCACCGGGGAUUGGCUGACUCCUGACCUCAACGCUCUGCACGCAGGUGCCAACCAGUGUACCAGCGCUGCCUUGAGUGCCCAUUCCUGCUUCUCUGUUCUCCUUAUCAUCAAGUUUGCUUCGGCUAAACUGAGACAAUAUUGAUGUUCUGUUAAUUUUCUCUCACACCUUCUCUGGCUUGUCCAAUGGGCCAGGACAAAGGACUGUUGUUUUCUUCUACACUGUUGUAUAGAGUACAGUCACUCUGUGGAGGAUGGGACCAGGGACAUUCAUCCAUGAGGAUGGAUCAACUAAAAGAAUACCACAUGAACAGAGAGGAAGGGGGAGGGGGAGGUGAUGUGAGGCAUGGUGGGGUUAUUUAUCUGAAGAACAGACAUAUGCAGAUGAGUGGGGGACUGGUGUAGCCUCCAUCCUGACUGGGGUUCCUGUCUGUGGAGUGUUGGGGUUCCAUGAUGUAUAAUAUGACAUCACUGGUAGUGUUUCCUGUGGAGACGUCCCCGUAGGGAUCCUUAAAGCGACAGAAAUGUGCAUGUGAUGUCACUAGCCUUCAUCAGCCUUCUGUCGUCUCAUUUGUAUCUCUGUUUGUUUUCAUCAUUUGUCUUCUGCUCUGAACUCUUCAAGUGAUUUUGUAUGUAUUGAUGUCUUGAGGAACAUUAUAAACUGGGUGAUUUGAGCCCUGAAUGCUGAUUGGCUGAAAGACGUGGUAUAUCAGACCGUUUACCACGUGUAUGACAAAAAAUAUAUUUUUACUUUUUUAAUUACGUUAGUAACCAGUUUAUAAUAGCAAUAAGGCACCUCAGGGGUUUGUGGUAUAUGGCCAAUAUACCACGGCUAAUUUAACAUUUAACAUUUUAGUCAUUUUAGCAGACGCUCUUAUCCAGAGCGACUUACAGGAGCAAUUAGGGUUAAGUGCCUUGCUAAUGGCUGUAUCCAGGCACUCCACGUUGCGUCGUACAUAAGAACAGCCCUUAGCCGGAGUAUAUUGGCCAUAUACCACACCCCCUGGUGCCUUAUUGCUUAAAUAUAUGCUUCAUACAUUGGCAUUCAUCUCUCUGUACAUGAAGACUUCUUAUAUUUCUACAAAGCUGCAACUUAUUGGAAAAAGAGCCUCCUAUAAAAACAUUAGCGUUCAACCUUAAUGUCUUAGAAUGGGAUUUUUUUAAAUAUUUAAAGCCAUUGCAUAUAAGUAUAUUCCAAGCUGUUUAUUCAUGUAUAUAAAAAAGGAGUGCAAUAUUUGUAUUUUGCAAGGUACAGUGUCUUGCUGUGUUGGGUUCAAUAAUACACUGUAAAGAUGAUGUUCAUCCUUCUUGUCAAAGCAAUGAGGUGUAUAUCCAGAGACUAGGCCUACUGUGGAAGUUAUAUGAAGCUUUGACCAUUUUAGUGUUUAUUCAAAUGUUAAAGAAAUCGUUUUAUAUUUGGGAAGCAAUGGGUUUUUAAUUUUUAUUUAACAGAAAGUCACUUUUCUGCUGUAAACAGAAAUGUUCUCUAAUGCUUUUCUUUUCAAUAAAAUUCACUCAUUCCUCUUCACUUUACUUGGGAUUUCCUUAUAAACUUUGUUUGUUUAUUGUCCAAUAAUUGUACAAGCGCUAUAGAUAUGGAAUGUUUGGUUCUAAACCAUAUUGAUGGGAGUAGAGAAGCUUGUUGACUGUUUGGUUCUAAACCAUAUUGAUGAGAGUAGAGAAGCUUGUUGACUGUUUGGUUCUAAACCAUAUUGAUGGGAGUAGAGAAGCUUGUUGACUGUUUGGUUCUAAACCAUACUGAUGGGAGUAGAGAAGCUUGUUGACUGUUUGGUUCUAAACCAUAUUGAUGAGAGUAGAGAAGCUUGUUGACUGUUUGGUUCUAAACCAUAUUUAUGAGAGUAGAGAACUUGUUUUACUGUUUUUGGGUUUAAAACCCUAUUGAUGAGAGUAAGAACGUUGACUGUUUUUGGGUUUUAAAACCCUAUUGAUGAAGGAGGGGGAAGCUUUUUGACUGUUUUGGGUUUUAAACCAUAUUGAUGGGGGUAAGAAGCUUUUUGAUGUUUGGUUUUUAAACCUAUUGAUGGGAGUAGAGAACUUGUUGACGUUUGGUUCUAAACCCAAUUUAUAGAGUAGAGAAGCUUGUUACUGUUUUUGGGUUCUAAAAACCCUAUUUUGAGAGUAGGAAGCUGUUUAUGUUUGGUUCUAAACCCUAUUGAUGGGGGAGGGAAGCUUGUUGAUUUUGGGUUUUAAAACCCUUGAUGAGGUUUUAAAAACUUGUUUUAGUUUGUUCUAAAAACCCUAUGAUGGGGAGAGAAAACUUGUUGAUGUUUUGGUUCUAAAAACCCAUAUGAGGGAGAGAGAAGUUGUUGACUGUUUGGUUCAAAAACCAUAUUGAUGAGAGUAAGAAGCUUGUUGACUGUUUGGUUCUAAACCAUAUUGAUGGGAGUAGAGAAGUUUUGGUUCUAAACCAUUGAGUAGAGAGCUUGUUGCUGUUUGGUUCUAAACCAUCAUUGCUGAGAGUAGAGAAGCUUGUUGAACUGUUUGGUUCUUAACCCAUACUUGAUGGAGAUAGAGAAGCUUGUUGACUGUUUGGUUCUAAACCAUAUUGGAUUGGGAGUAAGAGAGAGCGUUGUUGACUGUUUUGGUUCUAAAAACCAUACUGAUGGGAGUUAGAGAAGCUUGUUGGACUGUUUGGUUCUAAACCAUAUAGGGGAUGAGUAGUAGAGAAGCCUGUUUGACUGUUUGGUUCUAAACCGAUAAUUGAUGGGAGUAGAGAGCUUGUUGACUGUGUUGGUUCUAAACCAUAUUGAUGAGGAGUAGUAGAGAAGCUUGUUGACUGUUUUGGUUCUAAACCAUAUUGAUGAGAGUUAGAGAAGCUUGUUGGACUGUUUGGUUCUAAAACCAUAUUGAUGAGAGUCGAGAAUGCUUGUUGACUGUUUUGGUUCUAAACCCAUACGAUGAGAGUUAGAGAAGCUUUUUGACUUUUUGGGUUUCUAAACCAAAUUUUUGAUGGGGAGAAAAGCUGUGAUUUUUGGUUUCAAAAACCAUAGAGGGAGUAGAGAAGUGUUGACUUUUUGGUUUUAAAACCCCAUAGAUGAGAGUAGAGAAGUUGUUGAGGUUUGGUUCUAAACCAUUGAGGAGUAGAGAAGCUUUUUGAGUUUGGUUCAAAACCAUAUUGAUGAGAGUAGAGAAGUUUUUUUGACUUUUUGGUUCAAAACCCCAUAUGAUUGGAGUAGGAAUUUUGUGACUUUUUGGGUUCUAAACCAUAUUGAGGGGAGAAGAAGCUUUUUGACUGUUUGAUUCAAACCCAUAUGAGGGAGUAGAAAAGGGGGAUUUUUUGGUUCAAAACCAAUUGUGAAGUAGAGAAGUUUGUUGACUUUUUUUUUUUUAAAAACCAUUUGAGGGAGUAGAGAAGCUUUUUUGACUUUUUGGUUUUAAACCAUACUGAUGGGAGAAAAAGGCUGUUGAUGUUUGGUUCUAAACCAUAUUGAUGAGAGUAGAGAAGCUUGUUGACUGUUUGGUUCUAAACCAUAUUGAUGAGAGUAGAGAAGCUUGUUUGACUGUUUGGUUCUAAACAUAUUGAUGGGAGUAGUAGAGAAGCUUGUUGACUGUUUGGUUCUAAAACCAUAUUGAUGAGAGUAGAGAAGCUGUUGACUGUUGGUUCUAAACCAUAUUGAUGGGAGUAGAGAAGCUUGUUUGACUGUUUGGUUCUAAAACCAUACUGAUGGGAGUAGAGAAGCUUGUUGACUGUUUGGUUCUAAACCAUAUUGAUGAGAGUAGAGAAGCUUGUUGAAUGUUUGGUUCUAAACCAUAUUGAUGAGAGUAGAGAAGCUUGUUGACUGUUUGGUUCUAAACCAUAUUGAUGAGAGUAGAGGAAAGCUUGUUGGACUGUUUGGUUCUAAACCAUAUUGAUGAGAGUUAGAGAAGCUUGUUGACUGUUUGGUUCUAAACCAUAUUGAUGGGAGUAGAGAAGCGUGUUGACUGUUUGGUUCUAAACCAUACUGAUGGGAGUAGAGAAGCUUGUUGACUGUUUGGUUCUAAACCAUAUUGAUGAGAGUAGAGAAGCUUGUUGACUGUUUGGUUCUAAACCAUACUGAUGGGAGUAGAGAAGCGUGGUUGACUGUUUGGUUCUAAACCAAUAUUGAUGAGAGUAGAUAAGCUUGUUUGACUGUUUGGUUUCUAAACCAUAUGAUUGGAGUAGAGAAGCUUGUUGACUGUUUGGUUCUAAACCAUAUUGAUGGGAGUAGAGAAGCUUGUUGACUGUUUGGUUCUAAACCAUAUUGAUGGGAGUAGAGAAGCUUGUUGACUGUUUGGUUCUAAACCAUAUGAUGGAGUAGAGAAGCUUGUUGACUGUUUGGUUCUAAACCAUAUUGAUGGGAGUAGAGAAGCUUGUUGACUGUUUGGUUCUAAACCAUAUUGAUGGGAGUAGAGAAGCUUGUUGACUGUUUGGUUCUAAACCAUAUUGAUGAGAGUAGAGAAGCUUGUUGACUUUUUGGUUCUAACCAUAUUGAUGAGAGUAGAGAAGCUUGUUGACUGUUUGGUUCUAAACCAUAUUGAUGAGGAGUAGAGAGCUUGUUGACUGUUGGUUUCAAACCUAUUGUGAGAGAGAGAAGCUUGUUGAUUUUUGGUUCAAACCAUUUUGGGGGAGUAGAGAAGCUUGUUGACUGUUUGGUUUUAAAACCAUAUGAUGGGAGUGGAGAAGUUUGUUGACUGUUUGGUUUCCCCCUAUUGUGAGAGUGAAAAAGCUUUUUGAGUUGGUUCUAAAAAAAUUUUGAGAGAGUAGAGAAGUUUUGGACUGUUGGUUCUAAACCAUAUUGAUGAGAGUAGAGAAGCUUUUGACUUUUUGGGUUUUAAACCAUAUUGAGAGAGUAGAAAAGCUGGUGACUGUUUUUGGUUCUAAACCAAUUGGGGGGAGUAGAGAAAGCGUGUUGACGUUUGGUUCAAAACCCAUUGAUGGGAGUAGAGAAGUUGUGAUGUUUGGUUCUAAACCUUUUGAUGGAGUAGGAAGUUGGUUUUUUUUGGGUUUAAAAACCAUAUGGGGGGGUAGGAAGUUUGUUGACGUUUGGUUUCAAAACCCAUAUGAUGAGAGUAGGAAGCUUUGACUGUUGGUUUCAAAACCCAUAUGAUGGAGUAGAGAAGUUUGGGUUUGAUUUUGGGGUUCUAACCUUUUGGGGAUGGGAGUAGAAAAAGCUUGUUGACUGUUGAUUCUAAACCAUAUUGAUGGGAGUAGAGAAGGUUGUUGACUGUUGGUUUAAACCAUAUUGAGGAGUAGAGAAGUUGUUGGAUGUUGGUUCUAAACCAUUUGAUGGGAGUAGAGAAGCUUGUUGACUGUUUGGUUCUAAACCAUACUGAUGGGAGUAGAGAAGCUUGUUGACUGUUUGGUUCUAAACCAUAUUGAUGAGAGUAGAGAAGCUUGUUGACUGUUUGGUUCUAAACCAUAUUGAUGAGAGUAGAGAAGCUUUUUGAUGUUUGGUUCUAAACCAUAUUGAUGAGAGUAGGAAAAGCUUGUUGACUGUUUGGUUCUAAACCAUAUUGAUGAGAGUAGAGAAGCUUGUUGACUGUUGGUUCUAAACCAUAUUGAUGGGAGUAGAGAAGCGGUGUUGACUGUUUGGUUCUAAACCAUACUGAUGGGAGUAGAGAAGCUUGUUUGACUGUUUGGUUCUAAACCAUAUUGAUGAGAGUAGAGAAGCUUGUUGACUGUUUGGUUCUAAACCAUACUGAUGGGAGUAGAGAAGCUUGUUGACUGUUUGGUUCUAAACCAUAUUGAUGAGAGUAGAGAAGCUUGUUGACUGUUUGGUUCUAAACCAUACUGAUGGGAGUAGAGAAGCUUGUUGACUGUUUGGUUCUAAACCAUAUUGAUGGGAGUAGAGAAGCUUGUUGACUGUUUGAUUCUAAACCAUAUUGAUGGGAGUAGAGAAGCUUGUUGACUGUUUGGUUCUAAACCAUAUUGAUGGUAGUAGAGAAGCUUGUUGACUGUUUGGUUCUAAACCAUACUGAUGGGAGUAGAGAAGCUUGUUGACUGUUUGGUUCUAAACCAUAUUGAUGGGAGUAGAGAAGCUUGUUGACUGUCUGGUUCUAAACCAUAUUGAUGUGAGUAGAGAAGCUUGUUGACUGUUUAGUUCUAAACCAUAUUGAUGGGAGUAGAGAAGCUUGUUGGCUGUUUGGUUCUAAACCAUACUGAUGGGAGUAGAGAAGCUUGUUGACUGUUUGGUUCUAAACCAUACUGAUGAGAGUAGAGAAGCUUGUUGACUGUUUGGUUCUAAACAAUAUUGAUGGGAGUAGAGAAGCUUGUUGACUGUUUGGUUCUAAACCAUAUUGAUGGGAGUAGAGAAGCUUGUUGACUGUUUGGUUCUAAACCAUAUUGAUGAGAGUAGAGUAGCUUGUUGACUGUUUGGUUCUAAACCACAUUGAUGAGAGUAGAGAAGCUUGUUGACUGUUUGGUUCUAAACCAUACUGGUGGGAGUAGAGAAGCUUGUUGACUGUUUGGUUCUAAACCAUAUUGAUGAGAGUAGAGAAGCUUGUUGACUGUUUAGCUCUAAACCAUAUUGAUGAGAGUAGAGAAGCUUGUUGACUGUUUGGUUCUAAACCAUAUUGAUGAGAGUAGAGAAGCUUGUUGACUGUUUGGUUCUAAACCAUAUUGAUGAGAGUAGAGAAGCUUGUUGACUGUUUAGCUCUAAACCAUAUUGAUGGGAGUAGAGAAGCUUGUUGACUGUUUGGUUCUAAACCAUACUGAUGGGAGUAGAGAAGCUUGUUGACUGUUUGGUUCUAAACAAUAUUGAUGGGAGUAGAGAAGCUUGUUGACUGUCUGGUUCUAAACCAUAUUGAUGAGAGUAGAGAAGCUUAUUGACUGUUUGGUUCUAAACCAUAUUGAUGAGAGUAGAGAAGCUUGUUGACUGUUUAGCUCUAAACCAUAUUGAUGGGAGUAGAGAAGCUUGUUGACUGUUUAGUUCUAAACCAUAUUGAUGGGAGUAGAGAAGCUUGUUGGCUGUUUGGUUCUAAACCAUACUGAUGGGAGUAGAGAAGCUUGUUGACUGUUUGGUUCUAAACCAUACUGAUGAGAGUAGAGAAGCUUGUUGACUGUUUGGUUCUAAACAAUAUUGAUGGGAGUAGAGAAGCUUGUUGACUGUUUGGUUCUAAACCAUAUUGAUGGGAGUAGAGAAGCUUGUUGACUGUUUGGUUCUAAACCAUAUUGAUGGGAGUAGAGAAGCUUGUUGACUGUUUGGUUCUAAACCAUAUUGAUGAGAGUAGAGUAGCUUGUGGACUGUUUGGUUCUAAACCACAUUGAUGAGAGUAGAGAAGCUUGUUGACUGUUUGGUUCUAAACCAUACUGGUGGGAGUAGAGAAGCUUGAUGACUGUUUGGUUCUAAACCAUAUUGAUGAGAGUAGAGAAGCUUGUUGACUGUUUAGCUCUAAACCAUAUUGAUGAGAGUAGAGAAGCUUGUUGACUGUUUGGUUCUAAACCAUAUUGAUGAGAGUAGAGAAGCUUGUUGACUGUUUGGUUCUAAACCAUAUUGAUGAGAGUAGAGAAGCUUGUUGACUGUUUAGCUCUAAACCAUAUUGAUGGGAGUAGAGAAGCUUGUUGACUGUUUGGUUCUAAACCAUACUGAUGGGAGUAGAGAAGCUUGUUGACUGUUUGGUUCUAAACCAUAUUGAUGAGAGUAGAGAAGCUUGUUGACUGUUUGGUUCUAAACCAUAUUGAUGGGAGUAGAGAAGCUUGUUGACUGUUUGGUUCUAAACCACCUUGAUGAGAGUAGAGAAGCUUGUUGACUGUUUAGUUCUAAACCAUAUUGGUGUGAGUAGAGAUGCUUGUUGACUGUUUGGUUCUAAACCUAAUCUUAUUUUACCUGCAGGACGUGGAACCAGCACAGAAGACUUCCUUUAUGGCCCGCACCUCUUUCAAUCAUGAAGGCCCUAAAUGGAACAAUAGUAUAGAAGAGGUAUAA